AUGAGAGAGGGGACGAUUGAGACGGGUGAGGGGAUAUAGAUAUAGAGAGAGAGAGAGAGGUAUUGUAUAGCAUAGAGCUUAGUAGAGAAGUAGAUAGAGACGAUAGAGUAUACUAUAUUAUUAUAUAUCUCUGCUUUCGAUCAUAUAUGUUAGAUAAGAUACGGAAUUAGUAUAUAUCUAUUAUAAGAGAUAGUGGAAUAACAUAUUGCGCUCUAUAUAUAUAUAUAUUAUCUCUAUUAUAUCUUCUAAAUAUAUCUCUCGAGUAUCUAUGUUCUCUAUAUCUCUCUCUCUAUCUCUAUCUCUCGCUCGCUAGAUCGCUCUAUAAAAUCUCUCUAUGUCUCUUUAUCCUAUCCCCAUAUCGAUCUUCUCUCUGUCUAUCUGUCUCUCUCUCUCUCUCUGUCUCUCUAGUCUCUCUAUAUCUUCUUUCUAGCUCUCUUGCUCUCUCUUACCCUCUACAAAUCCAAAUUCAGACGGCUCAAUUACUCCCAGUUUGAGCGAGAAGAAUACCAUGAUUCUUCCACAAGACACUGGAGGGGGAGGCUGACUUCCUCUACCAGGCCUGCAGGAGAAUUCCCUGCUCUGCUCACACACAUACUCACCCACGCUUGCAUCCGGAAACUGCCUGUUUCCUUGUGUUUACUCAAUAGUAUAUUACCACGAGUCACGUGAAAGCACAGGCACACACACACGUCUUCACCCCCCCCCCCUCUCUGAACUCGUCUGCUGGUUCCCUGACCCGAUCCUCAUCCCUCUCUCAUCCCCUCCCACACUCUCCAUGUAUUUACCCAUUUCAGUCUAUCUGAGUCAGAGUUUACAUAAAGAGCCUGACCAAACUGGAAUUAUUUGUUAUAUAUGGUUAUGUCAUGUUAUAUCAUAUGUUAUAUAAUGUGUUAUAUCAGGUGUAUAGUUUUUGUGUUUAUAUCAUGUUAGGUCAUGUGUUAUGUUUUGUGUUAUGUUUUAUGUUAUGUCAUGUGUUAAUCAGUGUUAAUGUUUUGUCUGUGUCUACAUCAUGUAUGGUCAGGUGUUAUAUAUGCGUAAUAUGUUAUUAAUAAUGUGUUAAUUCCUUUAGAUCUGUGUUAGGUCAGGUGUUAUGUCUGUGGUCUAUCAGGUGUUAUGGUUUUGUGGUAUAUCAGGUUAUGUCAUGUGUUAUAUCAUGUUUAUAUCAGGUGUAUAUCAUGUGUAAAAUCAUGUGUAUAUAGGCGUUUAUAAUAUGGUUAUAUAAUGUUAAUGUAUGUGUUAUAUUUAUGUGUCUAUCAUGUUAUAUCAUGUGUGAAGCAUGUUUUAAUCAUGUGUUAUAUAAUGUAUAUCAUGUGUUAUGAAAUGUGUGAUAUCAGUUUUAUAUCAUGGGUUAUAUCCAUGUGUUAAUAAUUUUAUAUGUCGUAUGUCACUGUGUUAAUAUAUGUGUUAUUAUCUGUUAUAUCAUGUAUACUGUGUUAUAUACAGGUUAUACUCAGGUGUAUGUGCCUGGGUUAUAUUAAUGUGUUAUGAAUGGGUUUUAUAUCAUGGUUAUAUAAUGGGUUAUGUCAGGUGUUUUAUAUCAUGUUAUAUCAUGUGUUAUAUGUUAUGUAGAUAAUGUGUUAUAUAUGUUAUGUCAUGUGUAUAUCCAUGUGUAUGUCAUGUGUUUAUAUUAUGUGUUAUGUAAUGGGUUAUAACGCCUGUGUUUAUCAGUGUUUACAUCUUCCCUUUUUUCUUUUUUUUUUUUUUUUUCUUUAUUAACCUUAUUUAACCAGGUUAAGCCAGUGAAACAAGUUCUCAUUACUACUUGCGACUGUCCAAGAUUAAAGCAAAGCAGUGCGAUUAAAAACAACAACAACACAGAGUUACAUAUGGGGUAAAACAAAACAAAGUCAAAAAUACAACAGAAAAUAUAUAUACAGUGUGCAAAUGUAGCAAGUUAUGGAGGGUAAGGCAAUAAAUAUGCUAUAGUGCAAAAUAAUUACAAUUAGUAUUAACACUGGAAUGAUAGAUGUGCAAGAAAUGAUGUGCAAAUAGAGAUACUGGGGGUGCAAAUGAGCAAAAUAAAUAACAAUAUAGGGAUGAGGUAGUUGGGCGGGCUAAUUUCAGAUGGGCUGUGUAUAGGUGCAGUGAUCGGUAAGGUGCUCUGACAACUGAUGCUUAAAGUUAGUGAGGGAGAUAAGUGUCUCCAGCUUCAGAGAUUUUUUGCAAUUUGUUCCAGUCAUUGGCAGCAGAGAACUGGAAGGAAUGGCGGCCAAAGGAGGUGUUGGCUUUGGGGAUGACCAGUGAGAUAUACCUGCUGGAGCGCAUACUACGGGUGGGUGUUGCUAUGGUGACCAAUGAGCUAAGAUAAGGCGGGGAUUUGCCUAGCAGUGAUUUAUAGAUGGCCUGGAGCCAGUGGGUUUGGCGACGAAUAUGUAGUGAGGACCAGCCAACAAGAGUGUACAGGUCACAGUGGUCGGUAGUAUAUGGGGCUUUGGAGACAAAACGGAUGGCACUGUGAUAGACUACAUCCAAUUUGCUGAGUAGAGUGUUGGAGGCUAUUUUGUAAAUGACAUCGCCGAAGUCAAGGAUUGGUAGGAUAGUCAGUUUUACGAGGGCAUGUUUGGCAGCAUGAGUGAAGGAGACUUUGUUGCGAAAUAGGAAACCGAUUCUAGAUUUACCUUUGGAUUGGAGAUGCUUAAUGUGAGUCUGGAAGGAGAGUUUACAGUCUAACCAGACACCUAGGUAUUUGUAGUUGUCCACAUACUCUAGGUCAGAACCGUCGAGAGUAGUGAUUCUAGUCGGGUGGGGGCGGGUGCCAGCAGCGUUCGAUUGAAGAGCAUGCAUUUAGUUUUACUAGCGUUUAAGAGCAGUUGGAGGCUACUGAAGGAGUGUUGUAUGGCAUUGAAGCUCGUUUGGAGGUUUGUUAACACAGUGUCCAAUGAAGGGCCAGAUGUAUACAAAAUGGUGUCGUCUGCGUAGAGGUGGAUCUGAGAGUCACCAGCAGCAAGAGCGACAUCAUUGAUAUACACGGAGAAAAGAGUCUGGCCCAAGAAUUGAACCCUGUGGCACCCCCAUAGAGACUGGCCAUAGGUCCAGACAACAGGCCCUCCGAUUUGACACAUUGAACUCUAUCUGAGAAGUAGUUGGUGAACCAGGCGAGGCAGUCAUUUGAGAAACCAAGGCUAUUUAGUCUGCCAAUAAGAAUGCGGUGGUUGACAGAGUCGAAAGCCUUGGCCAGGUCGAUGAAGACGGCUGCACAUACUGUCUAUUAUCGAUCGCGGUUAUAAUAUCAUUAGGACCUUGAGCGUGGCUGAAGUGCACCCAUGACCAGCUCGGAAACCAGAUUGCAUAGUGGAGAAGGUUAUGGUGGGAUUCGAAAUGGUCGGUGAUCUGUUUGUUAACUUGGCUUUCAAAAACUUUCGAAAGGCAGGGCAGGAUGGAUAUAGGUCUGUAACAGUUUGGAUCUAGAGUGUCACCCCUUUUGAAGAGGGGGAUGACCGCGGCAGCUUUCCAAUCUCUGGGGAUCUCAGACGUUACGAAAGAGAGGUUGAACAGGCUAGUAAUAGGGGUUGCGACAAUUUCGGCAGGCUAGUUUUCAGAAGAAAGGGUCCAGAUUGUCUAGCCCAGAUGAUUUGUAGGGGUCCAUAUUUUGCAGCUCUAUCAGAACAUCAGCUGUCUGGAUUUGUGUGAAGGAGAAGCGGGGGGGGGCAUGGGCAAGUUGCAACGGAGGGUGCAGAGCUGGUGGCCAGGGUAGUGGUAGCCAGGUGGAAAGCAUGGCCAGCCGUAGCAAAAUGCUUGUUGAAAUUUCUCAAUUAUUGUAGAUUUAUCGGUGGUGAUAGUGUUUCCUAGCCUCAGUGUAGUGGGCAGCUGGGAGGAAGUGCUCUUAUUCUCCAUGGACUUUACAGUGUCCCAAAACUUUUUGGCGUUAGUGCUACAGGAUGCAAAUUUCUGUUUGAAAAAGUUAGCCUUUGCUUUCCUAACUGCUUGUGUAUAUUGGUUCCUAACUUCCCUGAAAAGUUGCAGAAAAGGGCUAUUUGAUGCUAAUGCAGUACGCCACAGGAUGUUUUUGUGCUGGUCAAGGGCAGUCAAGUCUGAGGAGAACCAGGGGCUAUAUCUGUUCUUAGUUCUGUAUUUUAUGAAUGGGGCAUGUUUAUUUAAGAUUGAGAGGAAAUUACUUUUAAAGAACAACCAGGCAUCCUCUACUGAUGGAAUGAGAUCUAUAUCCAUCCAGGAUACCUGGGCCAGGUCAAUUAGGAAGGCCUGCUCGCUGAAGUGUUUUAGGGAGCGUUUGACAGUGAUGAGGGGUGGUCGUUUGACCGCGGACCCGUUACGGACGCAGGCAAUAAGGCAGUGAUCGCUGAGAUCCUGGUUGAAGACAGCGGAGGUGUAUUUAGAGGGUAAAUUAGUCAGGAUGAUAUAUAUGAGGGUACCCAUGUUUACGGAUUUAGGGUUGUACCUGGUAGGUUCGUUGAUAAUUUGUGUGAGAUUGAGGGCAUCUAGUUUAGAUUGUAGGAUGGCCGGGGUGUUAAGCAUAUCCCAAUUUAGGUCACCAAGCAGUACGAACUCUGAGGAUAGAUGGGGGGCAAUCAAUUCACAUAUGGUGUCCAGGGCACAGCUGGGGGCUGAGGGGGGUCUGUAGCAAGCGGCAACAGUAGGAGACUUAUUUCUGGAAAGGUGGAUUUUUAGAAGUAGAAGCUCAAACUGUUUGAGCACAGACCUGGAUAGUAUGAUAGAGCUCUGCAGGCUAUCUCUACAGUAGAUUGCAACUCCACACCCUUUGGCAGUUCUAUCUAGACGGAAACUGUUGUAGUUGGGGAUGGACAUUUCUGCAUUUUUGGUGGCCUUCCUAAGCCAGGAUUCAGACACUGCUUGAACAUCAGGGUUGGUGGAGUGUGCUAACGCAGUGAAUAACUCAAACUUAGGAAGGAGGCUUCUGAUAUUUACGUGCAGAAAACCAAGGCUUUUACGGUUACAGAAGUCAACAAAUGAUAGCUCCUGGGGAGUAGGAGUGAUAUUGGGGGCUGCAGGGCCUGGGUUAGCCUCUACAUCACCAGAGGAACAGAGGAGGAGUAGAAUAAGGAUAUGACUAAAGGCUUUAAGUACUGGUCUUCUAGUGCGUUGGGUACAGAGAAUAAAGGGGGCAGAUUUCCGGGCGUUGUAGAAAAGAUUCAGGGCAUUAUGUACAGAAAAGGAUAUGGAAGGAUAUGAGUACAGUUGAGGUAAACCUAAGCGUUGGGUAACAAUGAAAGAGAUAGCAUCACUGGAGGCACCGAUUGAGCCGGUGUCGGCGUGUAUGGGGGAUGGAACAAAGGAACUAUUUGAGGCAGUUUGAGAGGGACUUGGGGUUCUACAGUGAAAUUGUAUAAUAAGAACUAACCCAAACAGCAAUAGGCAAGGCAUAUUGACAUGGGAGAGAGGCAUAAAGCAAUCACAGAUGUUAUUAGAGAGAGCUAAGACAACAACUGGUAAUAGCGAUAAAGUUUGGGCUGAGGCUAAACAGAAUAGGGUACCGUGUAAAGGAACAGUCCAGCAGGCAUCAGCUGUGCAGCUGAGUGAUCAUAAGGUCCAGUGAACAGCAAUAUGUGAGUCCGAGAGCAGUUCAAAUUGGUGCUUCAGCACAGCUAGCAGGAAGCACAGUUGUAGUUUGCGUGUGCUAGCGGGCCGGGGCUAGCAGAUGGAUCUUCGUGGUCGUCGAAACGGGAAGCCUGUUGAAACCACAUCAGACGAUUUCGUCGGCAAACCAGUCGUGUUGGAUCGGCGGGGCUCAGUGUCAACACUAGGAGGUCCCGUCCGUUUGACAGAGAGGUGGAUAGCCGGGAGAUGGGCCUGAGGCUAGCUCAAGGCUAACUGGUGCUUGCUAUGGGGCAAUGGUAAUUAGCUAACAACAGGUUGCAGCUAGCUGGUUGCGAUGAUCCGGCGCUAGGGUCCAGUGAUUCCGGCAGAAAGUCCGAUAUGCUCUGGGUCGAUAGCACGCUGUGCACACUGGCCAACUAAUUGUCCAGGCUAGAGCUAGAGCUGGCUGGUGGAUAGUGUAGGCCACGGACAAUGGUGAAGACGCUAACGGUGACUAAUAGCAAGUAGCCAUUCAGUUGCAGCUAGACUAAUUUCAGCUUAAAGUUCUUGAUGAAAGUUAUAAAGAAAUAAUAGAAUCCUUUCCACGUUGGGUGAGGCGGGUUGCAGGAAAGUAUAUUUAGUUAAAGAAUGAAAAGUAAAAUUGAGAAAUAUAUACAAAAUAGACAAAAAAACAAGAAACUGGAUAUAUACACUAGAACACAGAAUAAAACCACGACCGCACUGCUACGCCAUCUUGGUGUUAUAUCAUUGUUAUAUCAUGUGUUAUGUCAUGUGUUAUAUAAUGUGUUAUGUUUUGUGUUAUAUCAUGUGUUAUAUCAUGUGUUAUAUCAUGUUAUAUCAUGUGUUAUGUCAUGUGUUAUGUCAUGUUUCAUGUUUUGUGCGGACCCCAGGAAGAGUAGAUGCUGCUUUCGCAACAGCUAAUGGGGAUCCUAAUAAAAUACCAAAAUGACACAGAAGGAUGAGUCUUAGUUAGGAAUUAGCCCUUUGGCUACUCUGUUAGGAGUUAGUCCCACCCACUCAUCUCUUUUAGGAGUUAGUCCCACCCACUCAUCUCUGUUAGGAGUUAGUCCCCCACAUCUCUGUUAGGGUAGUCCCACCACCCACUCAUCUCUUUUAGGAGUUAGUCCCACCCACUCAUCUCUGUUAGGAGUUAGUCCCACCCACUCAUCUCUUUUAGGAGUUAGUCCCACCCACUCAUCUCUGUUAGGAGUUAGUCCCACCCACUCAUCUCUUUUAGGAGUUAGUCCCACCCACUCAUCUCUGUUAGGAGUUAGUCCCACCCACUCAUCUCUUUUAGGAGUUAGUCCCACCCACUCAUCUCUGUUAGGAGUUAGUCCCACCCACUCAUCUCUUUUAGGAGUUAGUCCCACCCACUCAUCUUUGUUAGGAGUUAGUCCCCACCCACUAAUCUCUGUUAGGAGUUAGUCCCACCCACUCAUCUCUGUUAGGAGUUACUCCCACCCACUCAUCUCUGUUAGGAGUUAGUCCCACCCACUCAUCUCUGUUAGGAGUUAGUCCCCACCCACUAAUCUCUGUUAGGAGUUAGUCCCACCCACUCAUCUCUGUUAGGAGUUACUCCCACCCACUCAUCUCUGUUAGGUGUUACUCCCACCCACUAAUCUCUUUUAGGAGUUAGUCCCACCCACUCAUCUCUGUUAGGAGUUACUCCCACCCACUAAUCUCUGUUAGGAGUUAGUCCCACCCACUCAUCUCUUUUAGGAGUUAGUCCCACCCACUCAUCUCUGAAGUGUAGUAAAGAAGGUAAAAGGUUUGGAAGGUUGAAGACAGGAAGUGUUGCCCAUCCGUUGUUUUUCUUCCUCACCUUCUCUUGUGCAUGUGACUGGCGCUGCUGUACAUUUCGUUGCUGUCUGGACAAAACCUUUUUGCUGUCGGAAGAAAGUUUGGUGAUUGUAUGUUCAUAAAUGUUCAAAUAUGACCGCUUUUCCCUUUCCUGAAAAUAAGAUGUUGGAGAUACAAGGUUUUCUUCCGACAGUGAACAUUUAAACUCAAAUCCCAAGUGUUCGUUGUUCUCCUUACUUAUGGGGUUUGAGGGCUACAGUUAGCCACAAUAUGCAACGCUAAAAAGGAGUUAAUGUACUCAUGCUUUCACCACCGAGUGCCCCCCUUGCAGUGUACUGCAUUGCAGCACAUCUCUGCAGCCUUGGGCUACUGUGUCUUAGUGGCCCAGGGUUCUUGAAUGGAAUGCUUUUGUGGCCCAGAAACUGAAUUCGCUCUCCUUUCUAGUCCAGAGUAAUGGCGAGUUGCAGUGCCAUUCUUCAGUGACCUCACGUUGACCAAACAGACAGGUGUGAGGACGAUCGCCACAGAUGGCUCUCCUUCUGCCUGAGUAGAAAGACAGACACCGACCUAAGAGUGUGUACCUGCGACACAGCCUUUACUGUCAUGGAUCUUCUCGACAGACUGUGAACUGUCACAAGUGCUUCCCUUCACUCCAGCUCAUCAGCCCAGACUAUACAACUGUCGGAGAAAUAUGCAGAUGCUUUUCCACACCGUUCACUAGCAAUGCCUCUCUCACAGACGUCUGGACAAAGGGGCUUUUCAUUUUACAGGAGAAAUAUAAAUCUGUUUCCCUUUUUUAUUUUAUUUUCUUUCUCUCUUUUAUGAUGCCAACCUUCUUACCUCUGUUUAUGUAAGAGAAACUAAAUCCAUUUCUGACUCACUCCUGGUUAUGACUGCUGAGGCCAGGAGGCUUUAUACAGGAGUUUCAAUUGGGCAGGAGUGAUGGACGCCCGUGGCAAACAAACAACUCGCGCUGCCACCGCGACACUGAUUGGAAUUUGCCGGUGGGUGGGAGGGUCAGGGUGUACUGCUGAAAUGUGUGGCCUACUUUCCCCCUGCCUGUCUGACAGACUGGUUUCACAUCCAACACUCAGGACCCCCACUGAGAAUGACCCCAAUAAUUCAGGACAGGGGAGGACUGCCAUGUUGCUUGUACAAAAAGAACACAAAGAAUAGAGAGUAAUAACAUUCGUAAACAUUUGUGAAUAAGUGAAGGAUUGAGAUACUUUGCCUCUCUCUCUGUAUGUGUUUCUUGAACUUGAACUGAAUUUUUAGGUUCAGCAUUUUUUUUUAAAACUAGUUUUUGUUUCUUUUGUAUGUUUGCUAUUCUUCACAGAUUCUGGUCUGAGCAGUCCUCUAAGUGAAGCCGAUUUUUACUAUGAAAGUUAGUCCUGUGUUUGUCCUCUCACGUCAUUUUAGAUUUUCUAGCACUGCCCCCAUUUACAAAGUUUAUUUGCCACAUGUUGCAAUUUCAGCACAAAUUUCCUUUUCAUUUUUUUUUGUAACCCGGCUGUUUUGACUUUGUUUGUAUUUUCAGUUGUGAUAUUCACACAGAGCUGUUUGGCUGCGCAUUAAUCCACAAUACGUAACCUCUGCUAUCACUUCUGCUGAUGUAGAGAAAUUGGGUUUUUACAGGAGUUAUUUCUUCUCACUCACUCCCCUCGCUCCUCCCUCCCUCCCUCCCUCAACCAUUGCUCCAAUUCCAAUCUGAACUGACUGGGAUCUUUCUGCACUCUACAAGAUAACGAGCGGAAUUAAUUAAAGACCCUGGCAAACAAUGGUUCAACAUUUGAUCUUCCUCUCGCAGAAAAUAAGCAACGAAGAAAAAAAGGGGAACAAGUUAUUUCCCUCCAACUCUCAGACACACUGAGUGUCUUUUAUAAUAACCAUUUAGAAACAGGCUCCCCGAGUGGGCAGGGCUAUCAAAAGGAAACAGGCUCCCCCCCCCCCGAGUGGCAGGGCUAUCAAAAGGAAACAGGCUCCCCUGAGUCGCCAGGGCUAUCAAAAGGAAACAGGAUCCCCCCCCGAGUGGCCAGGGCUAUCAAAAGGAAACAGGCAUCCCCCCCGAGUGGGCAGGGCUAUCAAAAGGAAACAGCCUCCCCCCGAGUCGCCAGGGCUAUCAAAAGGAAAGGGGCUCCCCCCCCGAGUGGCCAGGGCUAUCAAAAGGAAACAGCCUCCCCCCCCGAGUGGCCAGGGCUAUCAAAGGAAACAGGCUCCCCCCCCCGAGUGGGCAGGGCUAUCAAAAGGAAACAGGCCCCCCCCCGAGUGGCCAGGGCUAUCAAAGGAAAACAGGCUCCCCCCCCCCCCGAGUGGGCAGGGCUAUCAAAAGGAAACAGGCUCCCCCCCCCGAUUUGGGCAGGGCUAUCAAACAGGGAAAACAGGCUCCCCCCCCCCCGAGUGGCCAGGGCUAUCAAAAGGAAACAGGCUCCCCCCCCCGAGUGGCCAGGGCUAUCAAAAGGAAACAGGCUCCCCCCCGAGUGGCCAGGGCUAUCAAAAGGAAACAGCCUCCCCCCGAGUGGGCAGGGCUAUCAAAGGGAAAGGGGCUCCCCCCCGAGUGGCCAUGGGCUAUCAAAAGGAAACAGGCUCCCCCCCCCGAGUGGGCAGGGCUAUCAAAAGGAAACAGGCUCCCCCCCCCGAGUGGGCAGGGCUAUCAAAAGGAAACAGGCUCCCCCCCCGAGUGGCCAGGGCUAUCAAAAGGAAAGGGGCUCCCCCCCGAGUGGGCAGGGCUAUCAAAAGGAAUCAUUAUUUCCCAGGCGUAUCGACUGCGGAUCUGAGAUUUGGAAAUGUGUAAUUAGACGCUAGAUGUGUUUUUCCGAACCAACUGAUCUCAGUAGAGUCUGAGAAAGAGGGGGGGGGGGGGGGGACGACAACAACAACUUGUCCUUGAGAGAAUUUGCAUGCAAUUGGCUCGAGUCAAUACACACAGUGGUACACUGCUGCUGAGUACAAAGAAGGAUAUGGAUGAGAAGACAAAAUCGGAUGAGAUCAACUCGUUUGUCUUUGGUAGGCCCAGGAACAAGACUGAUUGUGUGUGUUAAGCCUUAAAAGCAAAGGAAGGAUGGAAAAUUACAUUGUUUUGCAAACCACGGGGACGGAAAGAGAGUCACAAACAGACGUGCUUAGCCAUGCCAUAGAAAACAGACGUGCUAGACAUGUGAGCCCCAGACAGAAGUAGGUGAAUAGGGUGCCAUUUCAGACGUAGCCCCACUCUCUGUGUUAAUACAGAGAAUGUUUUGUUGAGUUAUGCAGGAGUCGAGAUGAAAACAGACUACAAAUGCAAUUUCUUGGAACUUCCAGUAGGUAGAGUUCAUUACCUAAGCUCACAACUGUCUCCAUAAGCGCCAACUCUGAGCACUGUGGGGUGUAUUCAUAAAAACCUUAGCACCAGUUUACAUUUACUGCUUUUUUUUAACAGACUAAUAACCCAAAUGAAUGGCAGUGAACUAUUUAUUUAUUAUUUAUUUACUAUUUAUGUAUUAUUUAUUUACUAUUUAUUUAUGUAUUAUGUUAUGUAUUAUUUAUUUACUAUUUAUUAUUUAUUUAUUAUUUAUGUAUUAUUUAUUUACUAUUUAUGUAUUAUUUAUUUACUAUUUAUUUAUGUAUUAUUUAUUUACUAUUUAUUAUUUAUGUAUUAUUUAUUUACUAUUUAUUAUUUAUUUAUUAUUUAUUUACUAUUUGUUUAUGUAUUAUUUAUUUACUAUUUAUUAUUUAUUUACUAUUUAUUUACUAUUUAUUAUUUAUUUAUUAUUUAUUUACUAUUUAUUUACUAUUUAUUUACUAUUUAUUUACUAUGUAUUUAUUAUUUAUUUACUAUUUACAACACAGAGUUACAUAUGGGGUAAACAAAACAUAAAGUCAAAAAUACAACAGAAAAAUAUAUAUAUACAGUGUGUGCAAAUGUAGCAAGUUAUGGAGGUAAGGCAAUAAAUAGGCCAUAGUGCAAAAUAAUUACAAUGUAGUAUUAACACUGGAAUGAUAGAUGUGCAAGAGAUGAUGUGCAAAUAGAGAUACUGGGGUGCAAAUGUGGUCCUCUGUAGCUCAAUUGGUAGAGCAUGGUGCUUGUAACGCCAGGGUAGUGGGUUCGAUCCCCGGGAUCACCCAUACGUAAAAAUGUAUGCACACAUGACUGUAAGUCACUUUGGAUAAAAGCGUCUGCUAAAUGGCAUAUUAUUAUAUUAUAUAAAUGAGCAAAAUAAAUAACAAUAUGGGGAUGAGGGAGUUGGGUAGGCUAAUUUCAGAUGGGCUGUGUACAGGUGUAGUGAUCGGUAAGCUGCUCUGACAACUGACGAUUAAAGUUAGUGAGGGAGAUAAGAGUCCCCAGCUUCAGAGAUUUUUGCAGUUCGUUCCAGUCAUUGGCAGCAGGGAACUGGAAGGAAUGGCGGCCAAAGGAGGUGUUGGCUUUGGGGAUGACCAGUGAGAUAUACCUGCUGGAGCGCAUACUACGGGUGGGUGUUGCUAUGGUGACCAAUGAGCUAAGAUAAGGCAGGGAUUUGCCUAGCAGUGAUUUAUAGAUGACCUGGAGCCAGUGGGUUUGGCGACGAAUAUGUAGUGAGGACUAGCCAACAAGAGCGUACAGGUCACAGUGGUGGGUAGUAUAUGGGGCUUUGGUGACAAAACGGAUGGCACUGUGAUAGACUACAUCCAAUUUGCUGAGUAGAGUGUUGGAGGCUAUUUUGUAAAGGACAUCGCUGAAGUCAAGGGUCGGUAGGAUAGUCAGUUUAACGAGGGCAUGUUUGGCAGCAUGAGUGAAGGAGGCUUUGUUGCGAAAUAGGAAGCCGAUUCUAGAUUUAACUUUGGAUUGGAGAUGCUUAACCAGACACCUAGGUAUUUGUAGUUGUCCACAUACUCUAGGUCAGACCCGCCGAGAGUAGUGAUUCUAGUCGGGUGGGCGGGUGCCAGCAGCGUUCGAUUGAAGAGUAUGCAUUUCGUUUUACUAGUGUUUAAGAGCAGUUGGAGGCUACGGAAGGAGUGUUGUAUUACAUUGAAGCUCGUUUGGAGGUUUGUUAACACAGUGUCCAAUGAAGGGCCAGAUGUAUACAAAAUGGUGUUGUCUGCGUAGAGGUUGUUACUGAUUUAACAUAUGCCAGUAUGCCUAGGUUACCUAGGUUACAGUUCCUCUCUCCAAACCAAACACUUACAGUGGGGAAGAAAAGUAUUUAGUCAGCCACCAAUUGUGCAAGUUCUCCCACUUAAAAAGAUGAGAGAGGCCUGUAAUUUUCAUCAUAGGUACACGUCAACUAUUACAGACAAAUUGAGGGGAAAAAAUCCAGAAAAUCACAUUGUAGGAUUUUUAAUGAAUUUAUUUGCAAAUUAUGGUGGAAAAUAAGUAUUUGGUCACCUACAAACAAGCAAGAUUUCUGGCUCUCACAGACCUGUAACUUCUUCUUUAAGAGGCUCCUCUGUCCUCCACUCGUUACCUGUAUUAAUGGCACCUGUUUGAACUUGUUAUCAGUAUAAAAGACACCUGUCCACAACCUCAAACAGUCACACUCCAAACUCCACUAUGGCCAAGACCAAAGAGCUGUCAAAGGACACCAGAAACAAAAUUGUAGACCUGCACCAGGCUGGGAAGACUGAAUCUGCAAUAGGUAAGCAGCUUGGUUUGAAGAAAUCAACUGUGGGAGCAAUUAUUAGGAAAUGGAAGACAUACAAGACCACUGAUAAUCUCCCUCGAUCUGGGGCUCCACGCAAGAUCUCACCCCGUGGGGUCAAAAUGAUCACAAGAACGGUGAGCAAAAAUCCCAGAACCACACGGGGGGACCUAGUGAAUGACCUGCAGAGAGCUGGGACCAAAGUAACAAAGCCUACCAUCAGUAACACACUACGCCGCCAGGGACUCAAAUCCUGCAGUGCCAGACGUGUCCCCCUGCUUAAGCCAGUACAUGUCCAGGCCCGUCUGAAGUUUGCUAGAGUGCAUUUGGAUGAUCCAGAAGAGGAUUGGGAGAAUGUCAUAUGGUCAGAUGAAACCAAAAUAGAACCUUUUGGUCAAAACUCAACUCGUCGUGUUUGGAGGACAAAGAAUGCUGAGUUGCAUCCAAAGAACACCAUACCUACUAUGAAGCAUGGGGGUGGAAACAUCAUGCUUUGGGGCUGUUUUUCUGCAAGGGGACCAGGACGACUGAUCCGUGUAAAGGAAAGAAUGAAUGGGGCCAUGUAUUGUGAGAUUUUGAGUGAAAAUUUCCUUCCAUCAGCAAGGAGGGCAUUGAAGAUGAAACGUGGCUGGGUCUUUCAGCAUGACAAUGAUCCCAAACCACACCGCCCGGGCAACGAAGGAGUGACUUCGUAAGAAGCAUUUCAAGGUCCUGGAGUGGCCUAGCCAGUCUCCAGAUCUCAACCCCAUAGAACAUCUUUGGAGGGAGUUGAAAGUCCGUGUUGCCCAGCGACAGCCCCAAAACAUCACUGCUCUAGAGGAGAUCUGCAUGGAGGAAUGGGCCAAAAUACCAGCAACAGUGUGUGAAAACCUUGUGAAGACUUACAGAAAACGUUUUGACCUGUGUCAUUGCCAACAAAGGGUAUAUAACAAGUAUUGAGAAACUUUUGUUAUUGACCAAAUACUUAUUUUCCACCAUAAUUUGCAAAUAAAUUCAUAAAAAAUCCUGAUGUGAUUUUAAAAAUCCUGAUGUGAUUUCCCACCAUAAUUUGCAAAUAAAUUCAUUAAAAAUCCUGAUGUGAUUUUCUUGAUUUGGACACUGUCUGCAAAUGAACACUGAGCGCGCACCUCUUUUGAUCUCUCUAACAAGCUGCUAGUUUUAUUUUUGCUCAAGGUGAAAAGAAGCCGAGGUAGUGUCCUCAUUUGCAUACCCAUCUGUUCUUUUCACUGUAGCUUGUGUUACCUUUUCCGUUAUAGCUGGUGGGAAAACUAACUGACAGCCUAAGUUCAUUUGCGAUGCAGAAUUCUUCCCUUUUUAACCCGCGUUCGGUCUUAUAAAUGCACAAUCCGACAAUGAUUAAUAACAACAUGUUUCCAGGCGAUGAUGGGCAGAGGAGAGCAGCAUGCAAUGUUAUUUCAGUCAAAAACUGAUAUGUGAGCAAACAAAUUAAAGAGCUUGUCAAAAUGCAUCUAUACCAGGGGGGCUUGCUAAUACUGCUCUUCCCAUGCAAGGCUUUGUCUAUUGCUAAUACUGCUCUUCCAUUGCAAGGCUUUGUCUAUUGCCAAUGCUGCUCUUCCAUUGCAAGGCUUUGUCUAUUGAUUCAACUUAAAGCCAGACUCAGUAAGUCUAACUUACGUAUUUAGUAUUUAUGAAAUAUCAAACUGUCUUGGCGACAAAACAAAACCAGGCAAGACAUAAUGUAAACAAAUCCAGGCAAGACAUAAUGUAAACAAACCCAGGCAAGACAUAAUGUAAACAAACCCAGGCAAGACAUAAUGUUGUCACGCCCUGACUCGGGGGACGCUUAUAUGUUGAGUCAGGGUGUGUAUAUUCCUUGUUGUGCUUUGUCUUUGUAUAGGAUCUAGUAUGUCUAGUUCUAUGUUGGCCGGUGUGGUUCCCAAUCAGAGGCAGCUGUCGCUCGUUGUCUCUGAUUGGGGACCAUACAUAGGCAGCCAAUUGGCACUGUCUUGUUGUGGGAUCUUGUUCCGUGUAAGGUAUGUUGUGUGUGCUACCUUGGACUUCACGUUUCGUUUUGUUUCUUGUUUUGUCGUUUGUUUAUUAAGUUCAAUAAACAUGUACGCAUAUCACGCUGCGCCUUGGUCUGACCCGUCAUUAGACGAACGUGACAAAUGUAAACAAACCCAGGCAAGACAUAAUGUAAACAAACCCAGGCAAGACAUAAUGUAAACAAACCCAGGCAAGACAUAAUGUAAACAAACCCAGGCAAGACAUAAUGUAAACAAACCCAGGCCAGGUUUCAUAACCUGCUCUCUCUGAGAGUUCUCAAGCGGCUGCUGGGCCAGCCACCCUUCCAUCAGUCAGUAUCACACUGCUGGGCCAGCCACCCUUCCAUCAGUCAGUAUCACACUGCUGGGCCAGCCACCCUUCCAUCAGUCAGUAUCACACUGCUGGGCCAGCCACCCUUCCAUCAGUCAGUAUCACACAGCUGGGCCAGCCACCCUUCCAUCAGUCAGUAUCACACAGCAUGUGUUCUCGUUUGCUUGUAGCCUACAAGCAUGUAAGUUACUCUGCUGUAUUGUAACAUGUUCAUUUACAAGUGGAGUCAGCUAUGAACGUUACAGCAGUAAAAUGUAAUUCUAGCGGUUAAGAGUGUUGGGCCAGCAAUCGAAAGUUCGCUGGUUCGAAUCCCAGAGCCAACUAGGUGAGAAAUCUGUCGAUGUGCCCUUGAGUAAGGCACCUAAUUGCUCCUGUAAAUCGCUCUGGAUAAGCGCGUCUGCUAAAUGACUAAAAUGUAAAUGUAGGCCGCCUACUGCGGUGCAACGGUAGUGCCGUUAUCUGCUUGAUCUCUUGCAGUGAAAACACCUGCCUGGAAAAGUCAACCCUCAGCAACUAUAGGGUUGAAUUGUAAAAUAAAUUUGCCAUCAAAAGGUUGCAAUAGUAAAUUCAAUAUGCAAGAGGAAAACAACUAGCCAGCUAGCAACUCCAGCAAAGUUUGCAACUAAUUGCAUGAACGUUUGUUUGUCUGUAGGCUAAUCACCCACCGGUAGCUAACUUGCUUCCCUUACCAGUAGACAGAGCUGGCUUUCGUGAUUCUUAUCCAUAGUGUCCAGCAUGCUGGUCGUGCUGAGGAGUCAAACAUAUGGUGCAACUAGCUAGAGAAUUUUCUCAAUCUGUUGCUGAAUCAAAAUCACCCACAAUUCCUUAAGAAGCUCAAGCUAGCAACAUCAACACAACUUUGUAACAACAGACCCUCCAGUGUUUCAAAAAUCUGUGCUCCUGCGCAUCAUCAGCUGUCGGACACAGACAGACGCACAGACGGACUGACCGCUAGGAGCCAAUAUUAUUAGCUGUUAUGACGUGCAUUUGUAAGCUUAAUUACACUUUUAUUCUGUAUCACUCAACUCUCAUUUAUUAUGAGUCCCGUUUGCAAUGAGAGGGAUAUAGCUAGAUAUCUGUAUUGUUGAUGAGUUGUUGUAGUUGUGGAUUGAUCAGAUGAACAAAUAGAACGUGCGCGAUAUAAAUUAUCAAUAGGCCUAUGCGUCAUAAUUACAUGGAGAAAUCAAAUUUGUAAACAAAGCUGCUGCAGUUACAGUGCCUUGGGAAAGUAUUCAGACCCCUUGACUUUUUGUUACGUUACAGCCUUAUUCUAAAAUGGAUUAAAUCGUUUUUUUUUCCCUCAUCAAGCUACACACAAUACCCCAUAAUGACAAAGCAAAAUGUUUAGAAAUGUUUGCAAAUUUAUUACAAAAUAAAAAACUGAAAUAUUACAUUUACAUAAGUAUUCAGACCCUUUACUCAGUACUUUGUUGAAGCACCUUUGGCAGCGAUUACAGCCUUGAGUCUUCUUGGGUAUGACGCUACAAGCUUGGCACAGCUGUAUUUGGGGAGUUUCUCUCAUUCUUCCCUGAGCUCAAUUUCGAGUCUCAUAGCAAAGGGUCUGAAUACUUAUUUCUAAAAAACUGUUUUCACUUUAUCAUUAUGGGGUAUUGUGUGUAGAUUGCUGAGGAUUUUGUAUUUAUUUAAUCAAUUUUAGAAUAAGCCUGUAACGUAACAAAAUGUGGAAAAAGUCAAGGGGUCUGAAUACUAAUAUGAAAAUAUGACAUAUUUUAUGACGUGUUUCUUAUUCAACAAAACUGUAUGAAUAAGGCUCGAAAUGAUUUAUAUGCUUUCUAAAUCAAAUUAUAAAACCACCAACUAUAAGAUUUCACCUUCCGUAUAACUGUAAAAUACAUAUUUGAAUGUUUAUAAUAAAUAAUUGAAGAGAACAGUUCUUAUACAGUAGGAGUCUAAAGAAGGUUGUUUCAUUUGGUCUCACAAAGGAUUGUCAGAUUGGGUCACUUAUCGAAUCAACUAACACAUGCUAUUACUGUGUCAUAAUCGUUGCUUGAAUUGGGCUGGUGCUCGCACCUCUAAUUUUCAACCCCUUCGCUACCGGCAUAUCUUAUGCUCUAAAAUAGUCCGAUCUACUGUUGGAUAACUGGGUUCUUUAAUCAGUCAGUGGGUCUUUACAGGAUCCACCUUUUAUUCUUGUUAUGUUGACAUUCUUGUCAACCAGUCCUCUAACACAACACAGCAUGUCCAUUCAUCAACUAGAACAGUAGUGUUCAGUGCCUCAACCUCCAUUAGUCCCUGUGUCUCCUAUAUCUCUGUUAGAUUCCUAGAAUCCCUGCUAACCCCCAUGUAAAUGUCACCGUAAAAUUGUUCCCCUCAUUUAAAAAAAAGGACCAACACUAAUUGGGAAUAUUCCCAGGGAGUGUCGAGUGUCCCCUCCCUGGCGAAACAAAACGUUUGUGAUCCCAUCGAUCUUCGGGAGGACGCUAAGCGCAGAGAGAACGGGGAAAAUUGAGGAUGCUUAAUCUAAUUUCGCAGAUUUUGCAUGGCCAAUUAAGCCUCUGAGAACUUUUUUCCCAAAGGACGUUGUCAACAUUCAUGCGACUUUUGACCUCCAUUUGCAGAAUGUAACGUAGUGGGCUUAAGUCCCUUCUAUAAAUAUGACUAGUGUUAAGUACCGUGUCGGGGCUAUGUCCAGGGACAACACUCUAUGACUUUCCUGUAUAACAUUACAUCCCAGCAUUAUGCCCCUAAAUGGAUUAACUCCAGUGUACACACACAGCCUCGCUGAUAUGUUAUAGCAUAUUGACUUAGAGCGCUAGAGAGAAAGAGAAGAAGUCAAUUUAGGACCAUAAUCACUAGGCUGGUUUGAAUAUUACUAUAUUUAUAUAAUAUUACUAUAUUUAUGUAAUAUUACUAUAUAUCUAGGGCAGUUGGAAAGGUGAUAGUGGUGGCGGAGUGCUACAGACACUGUGCAUAAAUUGCCUUCAACCGACUACGCAGGUUCUGACAUUUUGGGUGGUGUUAGGACUGGUGAGGGGCAUCCAUCUUAAGGGACAAUUGUUUUGGCUGCUUGUUUGGGAGGCCCAGCGGAAAGCCAUAAAAGGUUGUCUGUGAGCGAUCCUAGCGUCUGUGAGCGAUCCUAUCGUCUGUGAGCGAUCCUAGCGUCAUGCUUUCUUGGCCUCGGCUGACUUACGUGGAGCAGCUCACUAACCCCUGACCCUUGACCCCUAACCCCUGACCCGUCUAACCCUGUCCAAAUGGGGAUGGGGCCUCUCUUGAAGAAACAUUGUAGCACAGGCUUGGUAGAUACACCAACUCAGUGGCCUGUCUGCCCUGAGAUUGGAAGGUACAACCCCCGGCCUAGUCAUACCAAAGACUGUAAAAAUGGGACCCGAUGUGUCUCUGCUUGGCACUCGGCAUUAAGGAGAUAGAUUCGGGGUAAGGCCCUGCGAUAGACUAGCGUCCUGUCCAGGAGGUGUACUUCUACAUCAAGCUGCCUCACACUACAUAAACAGGUAGAUAUCUAGUAUAUCUAGUUCAUAUAGAUGUACAGUGCCUUGCAAAAGUAUUCAUCCUCCUUGGCGUUUUUCCUAUAUUGUUGCAUUACAACCUGUAAUUUAAAUUGAUUUUUAUUUGGAUUUCAUGUAAUGGACAUACACAAAAUAGUCCAAAUUGGUGAAGUGAAAAAAAUAACUUGUUUCAAAGAAUUCAAAAAAUGUAUAACGGAAAAGCAUGCAUAUGUAUUCACCCCCUUUGCUAUUAAGCCCCUAAAUAAGAUCUGGUGCAACCAAUUACCUUCAGAAGUCACAUAAUUAGUUAAAUAAAGUCCACCUGUGUGCAAUCUAAGUGUCACAUGAUCUGUCACAUGAUCUCAGUAUAUAUACACCUGUUCUGAAAGGCCCCAGAGUCUGCAACACCACUAAGCAAGGGGCACCACCAAGCAAGCGGCACCAUGAAGACCAAGGAGCUCUCCAAAUAGGUCAGAGACAAAGUUGUGGAGAAGUACAGAUCAGGGUUGGGUUAUAAAACAAUAUCUGAAACUUUGAACAUCCCACGGAGCACCAUUAAAUCCAUUAUUUAAAAAAUGGAAAGAUAAUGGCACCACAACAAACCUGCCAAGAGAUGGCCGCCCACCAAAACUCACGGACCAGGCAAGGAGGGCAUUAAUCAGAGAGGCAACAAAGAGACCAAAGAUAACAUUUACAUUUACAUUUUAGUAGACGCUCUUAUCCAGAGCGACUUACAGUUAGUGAGUGCAUACAUUUUCAUACUGGCCCCCGUGGGAAACGAACCCACAACCCUGGUGUUGCAAGUGCCAUGCUCUACCAACUGAGCUACACGGGGCCUGAAGGAGCUGCAAAACUCCACAGCGGAGAUUGGACAGAUACUCCAUAGGACCACUUUAAGCCGUACACUCCACAGAGCUGGGCUUUACGGAAGAGUGGCCAGAAAAAAGCAAUUGCUUAAAGAAAAAAAUAAGCAAACACGUUUGGUGUUCGCCAAAAGCCAUGUGAGAGACUCCCCAAACAUAUGGAAGAAGGUACUCUGGUCAGAUGAGACUAAAAUUGAGCUUUUAGGCCAUCAAGGUAAGCGCUAUGUCUAGCGCAAACCCAACACCUCUCAUCACCACGAGAACACCAUCCCCACAGUGAAGCAUGGUGGUGGCAGCAUCAUGCUGUGGGGAUGUUUUUCAUCGGCAGGGACUGGGAAACUGGUCAGAAUUGAAGGAAUGAUGGAUGGUGCUAAAUACAGGGAAAUUCUUUUCCGUUUCAGUCUUCCAGAGAUUUGAGACUGGGACGGAGGUUAAUCUUCCAGCAGGACAAUGACCCUAAGCAUACUGCUAAAGCAACACUUGAGUGGUUUAAGGGGAAACAUUUAAAUGUCUUGGAAUGGCCUAGUCAAAUCCCAGACCUCAAUCCAAUUGAGAAUCUGUGGUAUGACUUAAAGAUUGCUGUACACCAGCGGAACCCAUCCAACUUGAAGGAGCUGGAGCAGUUUUGCCUUGAAGAAUGGGCAAAAAUCCCAGUGGCUAGAUGUGCCAAGGUUAUAGAGACAUACCCCAAGAGACGUGCAGCUGUAAUUGCUGCAAAAGGUGGCUCUACAAAGUAUUGACUUUGGGGGGGGGGGGUGAAUAGUUAUGCACGCUCAAGUUUUCCGUUUUUUUGUCUUAUUUCUUGUUUGUUUCACACCCAAAAAUAUUUUGCAUCUUCAAAGUGGUAGGCAUGUUGUGUAAAUCAAAUGAUACAAACCCCCAAAAAAAUCAAUUUUAAUUCCAGGUUGUAAGGCAACAAAAUAGGAAAUAUGCCAACGGGGUUAAUACUUUCGCAAGCCACUGUAGAUGCACUAUUGUGGCAAAAGUUAUACUACACGUUCUUAUCUAAAUAUAUUUUUCAAUAAACAAGUCCCAAAAAAAUAUCAGACAGAGGCCUUGGUUUUCCAGACAGAUUGGAAAUGAGACUGUAAGUUGUUAUUUUGUUUGAAAUGCCACUACAAUGAGGCACUGUUAUUUCGGAUUUGAUUUAGCUGCACAUUAAAUAUUUGCACCUCUGGAUAUAUUUUCACAGGCUGCUUUUAUGCUACAGUGUCACAGUGACCCAGUUAAGAGAACACUCUCGUUUUUGUGCACUGAGGAGUGAAGAACAAUCAAUGUCAACAUUGCAUCCUAUUGGUUCAUAAGGCUCAAGGGGUGUUUUUUUCACUCUUAUAUUAUUUUGCCGUCAAAACCGAGGUUUGUUUCCUUGUCUCUGUUGCCAAGCUAUUAAAAGCUGCGUCUCUCUGUAGACCUUAGCGGUAAUUAGUCUGGGUUUCUUUCUCACCAUAGCAAUCACCCAUUGGUCGUCCUUUAUUUGCGGCCCUACCUCGUGUGCCAUUACAACUAAGGGGAAUAGGAGUGUGGCCUGGUAAGGGGAAUAGGAGUGUGGCCUGGUAAGGGGAAUAGGAGUGUGGCCUGGUAAGGGGAAUAGGAGUGUGGCCUGGUAAGGGGAAUAGGAGUGUGGCCUGGUAAGGGGAAUAGGAGUGUGGCCUGGUAAGGGGAAUGUUGAGCUCUGGUCUGGUCUCCACUGUAUUCCCUAACACCACCCGUCAACGCCAUAUGUGUGUUUGAAUUCCAGAAUGUUCCCCAGUAUUCCUUCCUCCCUCCCUUUCCUUUCUCACUACUUCCCCCCCCCCCCCCCCGUCUCCACUGCAGCUAGCAGAAACGCAUUACCCACAACUCCCCAUGUCCUGUCAAUUGGAGGGUUUUAGCCUCUCACUUUGAAUGGCAGCUGUACUGACGCACUUUCUUUCUAUCCCUCCUUUCCCUCUCCCUCGGUUCUCUCUCCGUCCGUUUGGGGAACAGGUAUGAUGAAUCAUCCCCCCAUACCCAUUGCGGAGCUGGCUGAACACACGGAUCUUCUCAAAGCUAACGACAACCUGAAGCUCUCCCAGGAGUACGAGGUGAGUGGGCUAGACUGAAGGGUUAAGGGUGUAAAUUGAGUCUCUGGUGAGGUGGAAUGGUGUAGGGGGGAAGUUUCCUCUAGGCGCUGAUCCUGGGUCAGUUUUGUGUUUUUCCAGCUAAUGGUUAAGGUUAGGAUUGGGGGAGGGGAAGCUGAUCCUAGACCUGUACCUCGUAGAAGGUGUUUUCCCUGCUUCUUAGUGAAUUAAUUGUCUUUCCAUCAGCCAUCAGUGGUUAACGGCAGAUGACAUUGUAGUGGCAUGUAAUAUGAUCAAAGUUGGCAUUGUAAUAUAAUGAAACAAGACAGAUUCCAUUCUAUACUUUAAAAGUCCCCCCCAAUGCAAUUUCAUAAUCACACCAGAAAUCACUGAGCACUUAUUCAGUCACAAUGCACCUAGUGUCACACCAGUCAACUGUUGGUCUGUCAAUCCCCAUUAAGACUCUAAGCUGCAGAAUAGUGGAGCUAUACACACACGCUGGCAUGGGGUGGGCAUAUAGCCGAGCUGUCGGAGCCCUGAGUGCAGCCAGAGAGGUUAUAAAUGAACCUGCCGCUGAUUAGAAAUCAGGAUCGCUGAAUCAGCUCUCGUUUGUAUAUAGCAACAUUCUCUUCUUGCAGCCCCUAAAUCAUACGGGCCACUCUGGCCAAUGGCAUCAGAGCUGCACCAGGGGGAGUUGUGGGUAUCGUAGUACUGGGUGCCAACAGGAGAACCACAGAAAAGCCCAGCUGCAUGGUGGUGGAUGUUGGGAUAAUGACUGCUUGCGGCCAUACAGUACAUCUUCCUCAUGUAUCAAUCUGGUUGGGCCAUGUACCAAAUGGACAUCCCUUCACACUGGCGAGGCAGAGGAGGAGCAGGGUAUUGAGCGGUCAGAACACUUUGGUUCAACGUGAAGUUCUUAAUUCAUUGUUACUCACAGCUCCUCUCUCUCUCUCUCUCUCUCUCUCUCUCUCUCUCUCUCUCUCUUCCUCCUCCUCCUUCUCUCCUCUCUCCACUCACUCCCAUAGACUAUUAAAAAUAUAUAUAUUUUUUUUGGGAAGUGUAAUUGUAAUUUUGCUAUUUUCUUGAUGAAUUUCUGCUCAUCUGGGCGCCUUGGCUUGCCAAGACUCUUCGGGCCUCUGAGUGAUUGGGUUUUCAAACAGGGUGGGGUGGGGUUGGGGAAGGAGAGGAUAGGAGAGAGCAGGAAGGAAGCGAGGAGAGGAGAUGUGUGUGUGGAAGAAGGGGAGGUUGGGUAAAGUUCAGAGCUUUAGGGAGGGGGGUGGAGUAUCGUCGGAGACCCACAGAGUGAACAUAGCAGGGGUAGCUGUUGUAGGCUCGGAAAACGGGAAAACGGGAGGGAAGGAGGCUUGUUCAUAGGUGGGCAUCAUCCUCACCCGGAACCCAUAGAACGUACUGCAGGGGUGGAGUUACUAAUCCAUCAGGUGUCAGCAGCAACACACCCCCUCCCAUAAGACCCCACCCCCUUUUGAUGGGAGCCGUCAGUUAUCCCCUUGGCAACACCUUGGUUUCAGGGUGGCGGCAGUGGAAGAGGGUGGGGAGGGUUAAAGAACACACUCCCUCUAUUAGACACACACUCAUGCCUACAAGAAAGCUUUACUACACACAGAACAAUCUCCGUCAGACUUGGGGACGACCAGGCAGAGAAAAAGACAAGGGAGGGAGGGAGGAGAGAGAAGAUCUCCUUGUGCAGGGCUGGCUGCCUGUUAUUUCACUGUAAUGAUUGCAGGUAAACUGUUACCAGGCUCCCAUUUGGACUUUAUUUAGCCCCAAUCUCUGUUCCCCGCGCCGGGCACUAACCGAAAACAUCCUUCAAGCCAGCGCCAGGAGAGCUCCAGCGCCCGAAUCAUAAUGGAAAACGAAAUGACCCUGACGGGAAUAGAAUAUUUAUCCGUAAUUCUGGUAUUCCGAGCGCGGGCAGCAUUUGUCUUGCCAGCAGCGUCGGGCCCAGGAACCUGGUUUAUUCCUUCUCUCUCUCUCUCUCCCUAAGGGAAGAGCUGCCACCAACUUUGUCAAUAUUUUUAAUGCCAUUAUGCAGUGUCUACUCUAAUGAUCUUGAUAAAUUAACCUUAUUUCAAGGCACCGAGCAGCUGCUAAUGAUGCUGUUGUUCCCCAGUUUUUUUUCUCUCUCUCUCUCUCUCUCUCUCUCUCUCUCUCUCUCUCUCUCUCUCUCUCUCUCUCUCUCUCUCUCUCUCUCUCUCUCUCUCCUCUCUUCUCCGUUUCCUCCCUCUCUCUCUCUCUCCCUCCUCUCUUCUUACUCCAUCUCUCUCUCCUCUCUCACUGUCUCUCUCUCUCUCUCUCUCUCUCUCUCCUGUCUCUCUUCCUCUCCCUGUAUUGUUGUGUUCCAUUAUGUGCCCUCUCUCUGUUUCUUUCUCUCUCCUCUAUUCUGAAGGUGUCUAAUUGUGUGUGUGUGUGUGUGUGUGUGUGUCAAAUCGAAAUCAAAUCAAAUCAAAUUUUAUUGGCCACAUGCGCCGAAUAUGCGCCGAACAUGCGCCGAAAAGUGCAGACAUUACAGUGAAAUGCUUCCUUAUAGCCCUUAACCAACAGUGCAUUUAUUUUUAAUAAAAAAGUAGAAUAAAACAACAAAAAAGUGUUGAGAAAAAAAGAGCAGAAGUAAAAUAAAAUAACAGUAGGGAGGCUAUAUAUAGAGGGGGUACCGGUGCAGAGUCAAUGUGCGGGGGCACCGGCUAGUUGAGGUAGUUGAAGUAAUAUGUACAUGUGGGUAGAGUUAAAGUGACUAUGCAUAAAUAAUUAACAGAGUAGCAGCAGCGUAAAAAGAUGGGGUAGGGGGGCAGUGCAAAUAGUCCGGGUAGCCAUGAUUAGCUGUUCAGGAGUCUUAUGGCUUGGGGGUAGAAGCUGUUGAGAAGUCUUUUGGACCUAGACUUGGCACUCCGGUACCGCUUGCCGUGCGGUAGCAGAGAGAACAGUCUAUGACUAGGGUGGCUGGAGUCUUUGACAAUUUUGAGGGCCUUCCUCUGACACCGCCUGGUAUAGAGGUCCUGGAUGGCAGGAAGCUUGGCCCCAGUGAUGUACUGGGCCGUACGCACUACCCUCUGUAGUGCCUUGCGGUCUGAUGCCAAGCAGUUGCCGUACCAAGCGGUGAUGCAGCCAGUCAAGAUGCUAUCAAUGGUGCAGCUGUAGAACCUUUUGAGGAUCUGAGGGCCCCAUGCCAAAUCUUUUCAACCUCCUGAAGGGGAAGUGGCGCUGUCAUGCCUUCUUCACGACUGUGUUGGUGUGUGUGGACCAUGAUAUUUCCUUAGUGAUGUGGACACCGAGGAACUUGAAGCUCUCAACCCUCUCCACUACAGCCCCGUCGAUGUUGAUGGAGGCGAGCUCGGCCCUCGAUUUUCUGUAGUCCACUAUCAGCUCCUUUGUCUUGCUGACGUUGAGGGAGAGGUUGUUGUCCAGGCACCACACUGCCAGGUCACUGACCUCCUCCUUAUAGGCUGUCGCAUCGUCGUUGGUGAUCAGGCCAACCACCGUCGUGUCGUCAGCAAACUGUUGGGGUGAACAGUUUGGAGUAGAGGAGGGGACUAAGCAUGCACCCCUGAGGGGUCCCCGUGUUGAGGGUCAGCGUGGCAUAUGUAUUGUUGCCUACCCUCACCACCUGGGGGCGGCCCGUCAGGAAGUCCAGGAUCCAGUUGCAGAGGGAGGUGUUCAGUCCCAGGAUCCUGAGCUUAAUGAUGAGCUUUGUGGGCACUAUGGUGUUGAACGCUGAGCUAUAGUCAAUGAAGAGCAUUCUCACAUAGGUGAUCCUCUUGUCCAGGUGGGAGAGAGCAGUGUGGAGUGCAAUAGAGAUUGUGUCAUCUGUUGAUCUGUUGGGGCGGAAUGCGAAUUGGAGUGGGUCUAUGGUUUCUGUGAUGAUGGUGUUGAUGUGAACCAUGACCAGCCUUUCAAAGUAUGUCUGAGUACUACUGGGCGAUAGUCAUUUAGACAGGUUAUGUUGGCGAUCUUGGACACAGGUACUAUGGUGGUCACGUGUGUGUGUGUGUGUGUGUGUGUGUGUGUGUGUGUCUGUGUGUGUCUGUCCCCACAGUCCAUUGAUCCAGGCCAGCAGUUUACGUGGGAACACUCCAACCUGGAGGUGAACAAGCCCAAAAACCGCUAUGCCAACGUCAUCGCCUAUGACCACUCCCGCGUCAUCCUCGCACCCAUCGAAGGUAAGACCUGACACUUUUUGACACUUUUCACCCACCAAUUGCAACUUUGAUGCUCUAUAUUGGUAUAUUAUGUCCUGAUGUCCAAGGUUUAAAUGUCAUUGGUGUUGAGAUAUGUCGUGAUGGAGACCAGGCAGUGAGUUAUCCGGUUUAGUUAUGUUUAAUAACUCUUAAAUCAGGCAAUUAACAUGCAGUCCACAGAGCUACUCUCUGCUAGUCCUCAUUGCUUGGUUAGUCAUAUUAGCGUAGUCCCCUAGGUCAGUUACAUCCGGUUAUGACGACGGCACGCAUAACCAAUCAAUUACGGAGAUAUCUACCAGACAUCACUACAAGACACAACUGAGAAACACUGCAAGGGGAGUCUUUAGGACAAUGACAAAGGAGCUCAGCCUUCAGCAGUGAAAGUCUUCUGACAUUCGUCAUAGCCAGGAGAACUCUUCACCCUUCAACCCUGCCAAGCUCUCAACCUCUCUCAACCUUUUUCUGUUUUUCACUCUGAUUUGAUUUUGACAGUUCACAAUAGGCCCAAUUUGAAAUUGCGGCAACACGCAUUACAGAAUCGUCCCGGGCAAAGCGUCCAUAAAUACAUAAAUUAAUCAAGUCAGAAAUUUCCAUUUUACAGUGCAGUGAUUUUGCCAUUAGUCGCAGCAGUAGAACAAUUCAUGCACACAGCCAUUCUCUGUUCAUCUAGCUAUGACUAACGCCAAAGUGCCACAAUCACAUUGUGCGACGUGGAAUCCUUUUUAAUGGCGUUUGACUUUUCUUUCUUUCUCUCUCUCUCUCUUUCUCUCUCUCUCUCUCUCUCUCUCUCUCCCCCCCCCCCCCCCCCCGAUUGUUGCUGAACUCUUUGUCACAUCUCCCCACUCUUAAAUUAGCCCAGUCGAGUGUUUCAUUGUUUGUCGCUCGAGUGAGAAUAUGUCAGUUAAGGAACGUGAUUGGUCGCCGCUGCGGCAGCCAUUGCAGUCUGUUUAAGCGUUUAAGACUCUUUUAACUAGUAGGUUAUAAGUCUGAUAGAGGAAGACGUGUGACAUUCAACUGCCUUUUAUUUGUUGAUAGAAGAGUAGACUGUGGAGUAGAUAAUAGUAGAUAAAAUAAGUAGACUCAUUGGUUAGAUAUAGCUCUCCACUCUGCCCAGUCAGGAAUAGAGGGUAGAUACAGAGGAGGCCUGCUAAUAUCAGAGCUCCCAUGUAUUAUAUCCACAUGAAUAGGAACAUUUGCAUACACACAGACUAUGGCUGUAUUUGACAGAGAGGAGAGGUGAGCUACAUUUUACUCUCUCACUCUCAUUCUCACACACACACACACACACACACACACACUCUUACACACUCCCCCACACACACUCAUACAACACACAAAGAUAUACCUAUUUUCAACACACACACACACACACACAUAAUCAAACACACUGCAGGGCUUAUUCCGACACACACACACACUUGCCCAGCCUGCGUGCGGGAGGGCUGCUUUAGCUGAGAUUUAGUGGGGCCUGUGUGUGAGACAGGCUGUGGUGGCGGCAGGAGAGCGAUGGCGGAGAGAGGGCCGCUCUGAGCACUGAUUUGAUCCCCAGAUCCCACGCUCCUCCAUCUUACUGCACACUACAGCAUCAACAUUAAAUCACAGCCACAACACCAGGCUAGAGAAAGAAAUAAACCAAAUGUAAAGGGAGGGAGAGAGGGAGAGAGGGAGAGGGAGAGAGGGAGAGAGGGAGAGAUGAAGAGAGAGAGACAGAGAGAGACAGAGAGAGACUGUCACGCCCGUCUAUGAAAUAGGACCAAAGCGCAGCGUUGGUAGCGAACAUAUUAUUUAUUUAAACGUACACACGAACAAAAUAACGAAAACGUGACGUCUAUGGUACAACAUGGAAACCACACGAACAAAAUCCCACAACCCGAAAGAAAAACAGACAGAUUAAAUAUGGCUCCCAAUCAGAGACAAACAGCCGACAGCUGACACUCGUUUGCCUCUGAUUGGGAGUCACAACACCGGCAAACAUAGAAAAUAAACCCCCUAGAACACCACCAGAGAAACAGAAAACAUAAAUGAACACACCCUGGCUCAACAAUAUAGUCCCCGAGCCAGGGUGUGACAGUACCCCCCCCCUAAAGGCGCGGACUGCGACCGCGCCUAAAUACGAGCGAAAACAGGGGAGGGCUGGGUGGGCAUUCCUCGGCGGCGGCUCCGGCUCUGGGCUAGAUCCCCACUUCCUCUCCAACCCCCCAAAGUACCCCUGGUCCUGUCUAGCCCCGCUGGCCGGAGCCGGACUGACGACACGCGCCCCUGGCCUGGUGCGUGGAACAGGAACGGACCGGACCGGGCUGACGAUACACACCCCUGGCUUGGUGCGUGGAGCAGGAAUGGACCGGAAUGGGCUGGCGACGCGCACCACAGACUUGGUGCGGAGAGCAGGAACGAGCCGGACAGGGCUGACGACUCGCAUCCCUGGCUUGGUGCGAGUAGCAGGAACGGGCUGGACCAGGCUGACGACUCGUACCCCUGGCUUGGUGCGAGUAGCAGGAACUGGCUGAACCAGGCUGACGACUCGCACCCCUGGCUUGGUGCGAGUAGCAGGAACAGGCCGGACCGGGCUGGCGACGCACACCGCAGGCUCCGUGCGUGGAGCAGGAACAGGCCGGGCCGGGCUGGCGACGCACACCGUAGGCUCUGUGCGUAGAGCAGGGACAGGCCGGGCCGGGCUGGCGAUGCGCACCACAGACUCGGCGCGGAGCGCAGGAACGGGCCGGGCCGGGCUGUCGACGCACACCGCAGGUUUGGUGCGGGGAGCAGGAAUAGACCGGACCGUACUGAGGACACACACCACUGGCUCCACACCGGGAUCUGGAACGGGCCGGACCGGACUGGCAACACCCGCCAGUACCUCUCGCCGUGCCUCUACACCUUCCAUCUCCUCUUCUACCAGUGGCCCCCGUAACCUGGCGGCCUCCUCUGCAACCCCGCUGGACCGCUCCAUAGCGGCCUCCUGCUGCCCCGACGUCGUGAGCCCCCCCCUAAAAAUUUUCUGGGGGUCUCUCCAGGCCUCCAACAUUCUCUCCCACCUUUCGCUCCUCUGUCUCCAACCCUCUUCACUCAGCUCCUCCAUGGGCUUGACCCAAUCGAAGCUGCCACGGAGAUUUAUUCGCGAUGGCUCUUCGACACGCUGCUUGGUCUGGUCUUGGUGGGAUUUUCUGUCACGCCCGUCUAUGAAAUAGGACCAAAGCGCAGCGUUGGUAGCGAACAUAUUAUUUAUUUAAACGUACACACGAACAAAAUAACGAAAACGUGACGUCUAUGGUACAACAUGGAAACCACACGAACAAAAUCCCACAACCCGAAAGAAAAACAGACAGAUUAAAUAUGGCUCCCAAUCAGAGACAAACAGCCGACAGCUGACACUCGUUUGCCUCUGAUUGGGAGUCACACCGGCAAACAUAGAAAAUAAACCCCCUAGAACACCCACCAGAGAAACAGAAAACAUAGAAUGAGCACACCCUGGCUCAACAUAUAGAGUCCCCGAGCCAGGGUGUGACAGAGACAGAGAGAGACAGAGAGAGAGAGAGACAGAGAGAGAGAGAGAGAGAGAGAGAGAGAGAGAGAGAGAGAGAGAGAGAGAGAGCACACAAUGACCUACGAACUCAGCAAUAAGAGCAAUAAGUACUUGAGUAAUAAGAAAUUGCCUGAGCAAUCAGAAUUGACCACUUGGCCUGUUAACAACCAACCAUUCUAGAGAUUUUCCUUUGUUCAACUCAAUUACUGUCUUCUCUCUGUUCCCAGGUAUCACCGGCAGUGAUUAUAUCAACGCCAACUACAUAGACGGCUACAGGAAACAGAAUGCCUACAUCGCUACGCAGGGUCCGCUGCCCGAGACAUUCGGGGACUUCUGGAGGAUGGUGUGGGAACAGAGGGCAGCCACUGUGGUCAUGAUGACCAGACUGGAGGAGAAAUCACGGGUAAGUAACUAUGGCAUUUAAUCUGGUGUUCCCCCUGGAUCGGUGUUGGGAUGACUUGUUUAAUGACCAAAACAGAAUUUACAGAAAAAAAACUAUUUGGAAAUUUUGCAAUGUCACUGAGGAAAGUAUAAGAAGCACUUUAAAGCGCAGAGGGACAGAGAAUAUUUUCUGCUUGCAGACUUUAGUUCAGUGUUUCCUAUAGUUAAGCCAUCAGCGUAGGCAUUGAGAAUUGCCCUUUAACAAUACAAAGAAUACGUGGAAAUCCGCCUUAGAAACCAACCUUACCAGCCUUACCAGCCUUACCUCAGGUGUCUAACCUCAUCCCCCAUCUCUGUCCUUUCGAUCCGUUUACCUAUCCCUCUGUCGUGUGCGUUCCGCCCCUGUCAGAUACCAUCAGGGUUAGCAGGCGGCCAGCGUUGACUGCAAACGCAAGGAGAGCGUUAGAGCGACGCGUUUCCUGCUCUAGAUGUCACAACGCAUCAGAGCCUGGAGGGGGUGCUCCGUGUUGAAUGAAUCUUCAUUAGGUUAAAUAGAAUGGACAGGGUGACUAAGUGUUGGGGUGGGUGGGGGGGGGGGGGGUGGGGGGGGUAUUGUGGGGUUGUCUUGGAUGGACACACUGUGGUGGAUCUCUGCUGGAAGGGAAACAUUUAGCCAUCCUCAAUUGGUUGGUCCUCGUUGCUAGGGAAGGCAGGUGGGAGGGGGAAGCCUUCAGGGCAAGAGUUGAUUUGACACUUCUUCCUCCCUCCCUUCUCUAUGUUAAUUUACCUGGAAAAGAUGUGGAGUAGAGAGAAACAGUCCUGGAGUGGAGAAGAUGUGAAGUAGAGAGAGACAGUCCUGGAGUGGAGAAGAUGUGAAGUAGAGAGAUACAGUCCUGGAGUGGAGAAGAUGUGAAGUAGAGAGAUACAGUCCUGGAGUGGAGAAGAUGUGGAGUGGAGAGAGAAACAGUCCUGGAGUGGAGAAGAGAAGAUGUUAAGUAGAGAGAUAAAUAGUCCUGGAAUGGAUAAGAUGUUAAGUAAAGAGAGAAACAGUCCUGGAGUGGAGAAGAUGUAAAGUAAAGAGAGAAACAGUCCUGGAGUGGAGAAGAUAGGAGGAGAGAGAGAAACAGUCCUGCUGUGUUUCAGUGAGCCCGCAAGAUGUUUUCUUUUCAGGAAGGCUGGAAUGGGGUUUACAAUGUAAUAGAGUCUGUGUGAUUUAUUUUGUGCAGUGUGUGUGCUUGCGUGCGUGCAUGCUCGCGUACGUGUUUAAAUUUAUGUGUGUGUGUGUGUGUGUUUGUGCACUCAGCCCCCCCUCUUCUCCUCUCUCCUCAGAUCAAGUGUGACCAGUACUGGCCCAGUCGAGGCACAGAGACCUACGGUAUGACCCAGGUGACCCUACUGGACACCAUAGAGCUGGCCACCUUCUGCGUCCGCACCUUCUCCCUGCACAAGGUACGAGUGAGUACACAACUUUACUCCAUCCAUAAUGUAUAAUAAUACUCAUUUCACACUAUGUUGGGCAGGGUUGGGGUCGAUUCCAUUUAAUCUUCAAUCAAUUCAUAAAGGAAACCAAAUCCCGAUUCCAAUUCUUUCCUCAUUGAAAACAAUUGAAGAGUAUUGGAAUUGGAAUUUCAGUAUACUUUCUGAAUUGACUGGAAUUGAAAUGGAAUUGACCCCAACUCUGAUGUCGAGCUGUAAUUUCCACUGUAGUGUCUACACGGGCAAAACACACCUCACUACACGACACAUUUCAAACUGCAUAAUAUCAUUUAAUCAUAAGUAAGCAUUUCACAGUUAGUCCACACCUGUUGUUUACAAAGCAUCUGAUGAAUAACAUUUGAUUUGAUUUAAUUACACUCCCUACUACUAUUCUACACUCUACUUUAGUAUCUAAAUUACACACUCAUUAACAAUCUAGUCCAGACUGUUAUCUCAUGGCAAGGUAUUACCCUGACCCCUACUUCUUCAGCCCGGUCUCACAGACUAGACGUAACAUAGUAAACGUAAAUCAGGGACACUCAAAUAAUGUGAUAUGUUAGGUUUGGUAUGGUUAUAUAAGACAGAAGGUUACUUAAAAAAACGAAAGUACGGUGGUUGGUCGGUGUGGACGGGUAGGCGUAUAACGCGAACGUCUAGCAACCCAAAGGUUGCGUGUUCGAAUCUCAUCAUGGACAACUUCAGCAUUUUUGCUAAUUAACAACUUUGUAAGUACUUACUACUUUUUAGCUACUUUGCAACUACUUCAAUUUUCACUCUAUUUUUCUUCAUCACUGAGCAAAUUUCAGGUCUGCUGAGCGCAAACUUGAACGUUGUGAAAAUUCGGUGCAACUUCCGGCGCGUGUUUACUGUGAACACUGAGGCUGUACCCGCUUUAAGUAAGUUUUAACAGUGGUCAAGUAGUAACGUUUUAACAAAUAGCUGUUCUGUCGUUCAGCCUACAGUAGCAGCCAAUGUGUGGUGUUCAAUGAAGGCCUACAUUCCAUGAGACAUUUGAGAAAAAAACAUGCAGGGCUUGACAUUAACCUGUUUAUCCACUUGUCCUUCAGAUAAAGGGGUGACUGAAAAUGUUGUUGUGUUGUUUGAUACCAAUUUACAAAAUAAAAUGCAUCAUUAUUCCCAUACCAUUAUUACAGAGAAUCAGACAAAUUAUGCUACCCUCUGCCUAUUGGCUACUUAGCUUAUUCAAACCUGUCUCAAAAUACAACACUGCCCCUUUAAGACAAAAAAAAGCUCCUUACCUGACUCGCUUUUUUUUUUGCUUAGAAAUGCACACGUUUUGUGCUCUUGUAGGAAGCAAUCACUCCCCCAUUGCUGACUACAAAUGAUCUAUAACUGGGCUAAUAACUCACUAAUGAGCAAAGGAUAUUAACAAAUGUGCACACGUCGCUACAUGUUGCUUUGUUUGAUCUCAAAACAAGCGCAUCUACUCACAACCGCUCAUGCUGUAAAAACAGUCCAGUUCAAAGUGAAUGCUACAGAUUCAUAUAUGGCAAUGGUCUAUUUGCAUAUAGGCCUACUGCAGCUCUGAUUGGUUAUGGUGCACCAGUCUGUGUAGAGUACGGGCUUGAGUUGUGCCUGUCAAUGCAAUAGAAUCCUACUCCGAUGCGUUCUGCCUACAACAAAAUCUCUUGAAUAGUUUGUUUUGUUUUGGUAUGUUGAAUUGAACUCUAACUCUAACUCUAACCCCUAGCCUAGCUAACAUUAGCCACCUAGCUAACAUUAGCGUUAGCCACCUAGCUAACAUUAGCCAUAACAAAGUGGGAUUCAUAACAUAUCAUACGUUUUGCUAAUCCGUAACAUAUUGUACGAAUUGCAAUUCGUAACAUAUUGUACGAGUUGCAAUUUGUAACAUAUCAUACAAAUUGUAUUUCAUAACAUAUCAUAUGAAAUGGAUGAUGGACAUCCACAAAUUAAGACAUAACAUACCAAAUGUUACAUAUUCUAAUUGGAGUGUUACGGAUUUACAUUUACUGUGUUACAUCUACCCUUGAGUCCAGGUUGACUUCUUAGGCACUCCUGUGUGAUCAGAUAGCUUAAAACAAUAUUGCAAUGUCUUCAUCUUGCCUUCUUGUAUAGGCUUGGUGAAAUACUCCCUAUGUUUCCUUAACCCAUCCAAUUGUUUCAGCGGAGGCUUUGUUUGAAUGUUUUUGUGAGGCCAUCUGAGGAGAAGCCACUGUGAGAGGAAUAAGAACUGGUCUGAAUGCGAUAUGAGCUGAUAUAUGUUGGUUGUAUGCAGAGUCUUGCCUGGUGGGCCCUGGGGAGAGCAAGCCUUUCAGGAGCCUGUCAGUCUGUCUGUUUGUCUCCAUGUAUUGUAUUGGCUCCCCUUGUCAAACUCACCAACAGUGUAUUUCUCUGAGCCAACACAACAUCCUGCAUCCAACAAGCAAAUAAACAACCGAAUUGCGGGGAACAGAUGAAGGAUGGAAAGGAGAGGGAAAUAGUUUCUCUCUUCAUCUUUAGCUCUCUCUUUCUCUCUCCCCCUCUAUUUCUCUCUCUUUCUCCCUUGAAACUAUUUACAUCCUCUCCUUCCUUCUUCCCAGACGUCUCCCCUCUUCUUCUCUCGUUCACCGUCCAUCAUCUUUUAAUGUCCAUCUGCCAAAAAGAAGCACUUAGCUAAGUGAGCGGAAGAAAAUGCUACAUACAUAAUUGGCAGACGGCUCAUAUCCCAGCUGCCCCAGACACUUGGCAGUCAAGUGUAUAGCUAGAAAAUGAGACAUGGGUGAUACGGAGAGAGGAGAGGGAAUGGAAGGGGGAGAGGCUAAGGGUCAGAUGUUUCCAAGGAAAUGUCUCUUUAACGGAUAGGCUAGUUAGUAGCACUGGUCUUUUUGGGCUGGUUAGAAUUGACAGUUUGUAGCUUUUUGGGCUUGUUGUUGUACACAUCUAUUGGUGUACAGCAUCCUGUCAACCCCUCCCUCUACAUCCCUCAAUGCUCUCUAUUCUUCACCUCCCUCCUCUCUCCUCCCUCCUCCCUCCUCCCUCCUCCCUCCUCCCUCCUCUCUCCUCCCUCAUCUCGCUACCCGCUGCUAUUCCAUCUCUUCUCUCUACCCGCUGCUAUUCCAUCUCUUUCUUAACCUCCCUCUGUUCCCUCACACAUCUCCCCCCGCCUGUCUCUUAUCCCGCAAUCUCUCUCUUUCUCUCCUUAUUUCUGUAUUAGCAUGGCUUCUCAUAGUUCUGUUUUCCAGCAAAGGAAACAGGUUUUGUCAGAUUUGUCUGAAUUUAGGCGGCAGUAGUUUUUGUAUGUAGGGAAUCUGUAACCCGCACACACUCCACACACACACACACACUCCACACACACACACACACACACACACACACACACACACAAACAAACACACACACACACACACACAGUCACAGGCAUCCAUAUGUAUGCAUAUCCUGGAGUGACACAGAACCCUCCUGACGAGUGACCAAUUCUUAAAAAUCAGUUAUACUUCCCCGCAAAGAAAGAAGCACAUCCACUGCAGAAAAUACAAAACCAGUGGAAUGGUCCGGGAUUCAAAAUAAAAUAAAUAAAUAAUCCACGCAAACUAGGUCAGUUUGCUUUUAAUUACCUGAUUUAUUUAUUCAUUUAUUCAGCAGGAAAGUUGGUGAGUAAAGCUCAUGUGAGGUGUUUUUUUGGGGGGGGUUUUGUGUGUUUUUUCCCUCUGGAAAAAUGUAUUCUCAUGCGUCAGGCAGCUUUCUAAUGCUUCGUUAUUGUCACUCUGUUUAUUGUGGUUGGCACACAGACAGGGGAACUGAUUUUGGGGUUAAUAGAUGCAGCAUACCAUAAGAGUGUCUAAGCAAGUAGCUAAGACACAGAUACACACACACACACAUUCUGUCUCUCUCUCUCUCUCUCACACACACACACACACACACACACACACUCCAUGUGGUUCUGAAACCCCAUCUCUCCUUUCCAGAAUGGCUCCGGUGACAAGCGGGAGGUCCGUCAGUUCCAGUUCACGGCGUGGCCCGACCACGGGGUCCCCGAGUACCCCACCCCCUUCCUGGCCUUCCUCCGCCGGGUCAAGACCUGUAACCCCCCAGACGCAGGCCCCAUCAUCGCCCACUGCAGGUUGGUAGGACCACACAUAACACAGCUACAACUAGUGGGCCCACCCAGCAGAUUUCACAGAGGGAUAUAAGGUAAAACAAUACUUCUACCACACACUGUUGGGUGCAGGCUUUGGUUGAAUCCUAUUCAGCUAGUGUUCAAUAAGGACUCUGCUUUGGUUGAAUUCUAUUCAGCUAGUGUUCAAUAAGGACUCUGCUUUGGUUGAAUUCUAUUAAAAUCUAAUCAAAUUUGAUUUGUCACAUGUGCCGAAUACAACAGGUAUUCCUUACCGUGAAAUGCUUACUUACAAGCCUUUAACCAACAAUGCAGUUUUAAGAAAAAUACGUUUUAAAGAAAAUAUUUACUAAAUAAACUAAAGUUUAAAAAAGUAACUCAAUAAAAUAACAAUAACGAGGCUAUAUACAAGGGGUACCGGUACCGAGUCAAUGUCAAUGUGCGGGGGUACAGGUUAGUCGAGGUAAUUGAGGUAAUAUGUAAGGGUAAAGUGACUAUGCAUAGAUAAUACAGGUCCCCUGUAGCUCAGUUGGUAGAGCAUGGCGCUUGCAACGCCAAGGUUGUGGGUUCGUUUCCCACGGGGGGCCAGUAUGAAAAUGUAUGCACUCACUAACUGUAAGUCGCUCUGGAUAAGAGCGUCUGCUAAAUGACUAAAAUGUAAAUAAUAAACAGCGAGAUUUCCACUAGUGUUCAAUAAGGACUCUGGUUAGUUGAAUCAUGUGUGUUGAGUUUUCCUCUCUUUAUUCCAAUGGACCUAGCACUUGAAAAUAUAAAAUAUAAAAAAACAUUUACUUAUUUUCUUAGAUCAAUCACAAAAUACUUGCUAUAUAUCCCUCAAACUUAACUCUGGACCUCGAAGCUAAUUCCACUGCAUGUUUUCAUUGUUCCCCUCUAAUUAGAGACUGCUUUAGACCUGGGACACCAGGUGGGUGAAAUUAAUUAUCAGGUAGAACAGAAAACCAGCAGGCUACUGACUUCGUAGGGUCAGAGUUGAAUACCCCUGAUAUAAAUGGUCCAAAUGCAAUUCACUAGAUCGCCAUGGCAACAAACAUUGCUUCAACCUGGUGGGUUGUGUAAGUCAUUUAAUUGCAAUUAUUAAUUAUAUAUUUCUAUUUUAUGGUCUAAACCAGGGUUCCCCUACUGUUCCCCGAAUUUGGCCCGCGGGUGAUUUUAUUUGGCCCCCAAUGUUUUCAGAGCAAAAAUAAACUGUAUAUAUUUGAGUUUUUGUAUUUUUUAUUGUUGGACAUAAGAUACUGUAAAAAGACUGUAAAAACAACAGCUCCAAGUGAUUUUAAUUUUGGAAAUCUGUUUGAAAUUAUUCCCACGCAGAAUAGGGAUAUAUACAGUAUGUGAUCGUAUACAAAUAAGCAAGGUUUGAAUUUAUUAUGUUUUAGUCAAAUAUUUGUGCUUCUUGCAGUCUACAAAUUAGUCAUAAUUAUGUUCCGGCCCCUUCACCAUCCGCUCAAGAAAAAAUUAAGUUGAUGAUCCCUGUUCUAAACGUUGUAGUUUUGUGGCAUUCUUGCCUUUAAAUCACAAUCAUACGCUUAUUGUUUAGGAUAUCUAUGUUCCUUUGUAGCUGUAAACUUCGUACAGUUGCCCUUUGAAGGAGGUGUGAUAAAAAACACUGUUCUACCCUACAUCACAUUACACGAUACACAUCAGUGGUCCAAAGGGUGUGUGUGUGUGUGUGCGUGUGUGUGUGUGUGUGUGUGUGUGCGUGUGUGUGUGCGUGUGUGUGCGUGUGUGCGUGCGUGUGUGCGUGUGUGUGUGUGCGUGCGUGUGUGUGUGUGUGUGUGCGUGCGUGUGUGUGUGUGUGUGUGCAUGUGUGCGUGCGUGCGUGCGUGCGUGCGUGCGUGCGUGUGUGUGUGUGUGUGUGUGUACACGGUUCAGUGCAUAGAUCCAGUCAGGCAGUGCUGGUAAAACAGUAGUUGUGGUGAGUAAAGUGAAGGUCAGUUAUCCAGUGUGUUAACGUUAGACUGCAGGGCUGUGAGUCACUAACACACACACAUGCACACACACACGCUCACUCCCUUCCUCUCACUCUCUGUGCCUCUGUCUCCUUAACCCUUACUUGCUCCAUCUCUCUCUCUCCCCAUCUCUCUCUCUCCCUCUCUUUCUCAAUUCAAUUCAAUUUAAGGGGCUUUAUUGGCAUGGGAAACAUAUGUUUACAUUGCCAAAGCAAGUGAAAUAGAUAAUAAACAAAAGUGAAAUAAACAAUACAAAAAUGAACAGUAAACAUUACACUCACAAAAGUUCCAAAAGAAUAAAGACAUUUCAAAUGUCUUUUAUGUCUAUAUACUGUACAGUGUUGUAACGAUGUGCAAAUAGUUAAAGUACAAAAGGGAAAAUAAAUAAACAUAAAUAUGGGUUGUAUCUUGUGGCAACAGGUCACAAAUCUUGCUGUUGUGAUGGCACACUGUGGUAUUUCACCCAAUAGAUAUGGGAGUUUUUCAAAAUUGGGUUUGUUUUCGAAUACUUUGUGUGUCCGUGUAAUCUGAGGGAAAUAUGUGUCUCUAUAUAAUAAUAUAAUAUGCCAUUUAGCAGACGCUUUUACCCAAAGUGACUUAUAGUCAUGCGUGCAUACAUUUUUGUGUAUGGGUGGUCCCGGGGAUCGAACCCACUACCUUGGCGUUACAAGCGCCGUGCUCUACCAGCUGAGCUACAGAGGACCACAGUCUCUAAUAUGGUCAUACAUUUGGCAUGAGGAAGUGCAUCUCAGUUUCCACCUCAUUUUGUGGGCAGUGUGCACAUAGCCUAUCUUCUCUUGAGAGCAAGGUCUGCCUACGGCGGCCUCUCUCAAUAGCAAGGCUAUGCUCACUGAGUCUGUACAUAGUCAAAGCUUUCCUUAAUUUUGGGUCAGUCACAGUGGUCAGGUAUUCUGCCACUGUGUACUCUCUGUUUAGGGCCAAAUAGCAUUUGAGUUUGCUCUGUUUCUUUGUUAAUUACUUGACACAUUGGAAAUAAUUAUAUUUUAGUUUUCUCAUGAUUUGGUUGGGUCUAAUUGUGUUGCUGUCCUGGGGCUCUGUAGGGUCUGUUUGUGUUUGUGAACAGAGCCCUAGGACCAGCUUGCUUAGGGGACUCUUCUCCAGAUUCAUCUCUCAGUAGGUGAUGGCUUUGUUAUGGAAGGUUUGGGAAUCGCUUCCUUUUAGGUGGUUGUAGAAUUUAACUGCUCUUUUCUGGAUUUUGAUCAUUAGCGGGUAUCGGCCUAAUUCUGCUCUGCAUUAAUUAGUUGGUGUUUUACGUUGUACACAGAGGAUAUCUUUUGCAGAAUGCUGCAUACAGAGUCUCAAUUUGGUGUUUGUCCUAUUUUGUGAAUUCUUGGUUGGUGUAGGAUGGAGAAGCUGUCUUCAUUAAAGUACUGGGAUUCUAGUGGUAGCACAGAAAUACAUUUUUCUCUGAUCACUUCCUUUUGAAUAAAUAGCAAAAUGUAAAAUGUUACAGUUUUUAUAAAUUUAAUAGAGUGAGAUAGGUCUCUCUCAUCUCAUCUCAUCUCUCUCUCUCUCUCUCUCUCUCUCUCUCUCUCUCUCUCUCUCUCUCCUCUCUCUCUCUCGCUCUCUCUCUCCUCCCUCCAUCUCUCUCCCCCAUCUCUUUCUCUCUCUCUCUCUCUCUCUUUCUCUCUCACUCUCUCUCUCUCUUCAUCAACAUCAACAUUUUGUACAGUAAACAUUACACUCACAAAAUAAAACAUUUCAAAUGUCAUAUUAUGUGCAAAUAGUUAAAGUACAAAAGGGAAAAUAAAUAAAUAUAAACAUGGGUUGUAUUUACAAUGGUCUUUGUUCUUCACUGGUUGCCCUUUUCUUGUGGCAACAGGUCACAAAUCUUGGCUGUUGUGGAUGGCACACUGUGGGUAUUUCACCCAAAUAGAUAUGGGAUUUGGGGUUUUGUUUUCUAAUCUCUAUUCUCUUCAUCUCUCUCUCUCCAUCCUCUCUCUCUCUCUCGGUCUCUCCUCUCUCUCUUCUUCUCUCUUCUCUCUCUCUCUCUCUCUCCUUCUCUCUCCUCCUCUCUCUCUCUCCCUCACUCUCUCCCUCUCUCUUCAUCUCUCUCUUUCUCUCUCAUCUCUUCUCUCUCGUCCUCCUCUCCUCUCUCUCUCUUCUCUCUCUCUCCUCUCGCUCUCCUCCUCUCUCUCUCUCUCUUCUCCCUCUCUGUCUCUCUCUCUCUCUCCUCUUUUUCUCUUCUUCUCAAAUCAAAUUAAUGUUAUUUUCACAUGCGUCCAAAUACAACAGGUGUAUACCUUCCAGUGAAAUGCUGACUGACAAGCCCUUAACACAAUGCAGUUUUCAGAAACAAUACUUGUUCAGUAAAAAAUAGAUAAGUAAAAAUAAUAACCAAAGAGGCAGCAGUAAAAUAAAAUAACAGUAGGGAGGCGAUAUCAGGGGUUACCGGUACAGAGUCAAUAUGUGGGCGGGGGCAUCUGUUAGUUGAGGUAAUUGAGGUAGUAUGUACUGUGAGUAGAGUUAAAGUGACUAUGCAUAGAUAAUAAACAGAGUAGCAGCAGCGGGGGUGGGGUGGGGGGGACAAUGCAAAAAGUCUCUGUAACCAUGAGUCUUUUGGCUUGGGGGUAGAAGCUGUUAAGAAGCCUUUUGGACCUAGACUUGGCACUCCGGUACCGCUUGCUGUGCGGUAGCAGAGAGAACAGUCUAUGACUAGGGUGGCUGGAGUCUUUGACAAUUUUUAGGGCCUUCCUCUGACACUGCCUGGUAUAGAGGUCCUGGAUGGCAGGAAGCUUGGCCCCAGUGAUGUACUGGGCCAUACGCACUACCCUCUGUAGUGCCUUGCGGUCGGAGGCCGGGCAGUUGCCAUACCAGGCAGUGAUGCAACCAGUCAGGAUGCUAUCAAAGGUGCAGCUGUAUAACUUUUUGAGGAUCUGAGGACCCAUGCCAAAUCUUUUCAGUCUCCUGAGGGGGAAUAGGCUUUGUCGUGCCCUCUUCACAACUGUCUUGGUGUGUUUGGAACAUGAUAGUUUGUUGGUGAUGUGGACACCAAGGAACUUGAAGCUCUCAACCUGUUCCACUACAGCCCAGUCGAUGAAAAUGGGGGCAUGCUCAGUCCUCUUUUUUUUCCUGUAGUCCACAAUAACCUCCUUUGUCUUGAUCACAUUGAGAGAGAGGUUAUUAUCCUGGCACCACACGGCCAGGUCUCUGACCUCCUCCCUAUAGGCUGUCUCAUCGUUGUCGGUGAUCAGGCCUACCACUGUUGUGUCGUCAGCAAACUUAAUGAUGGUGUUGGAGUCGUGGGCCAUGCAGUCAUGGGUGAACAGGGAGUACGGGAGGAGACUGAGCACGCACCCCUGAGGGGCCCCCGUGUUGUGGAUCAGUGUGGCAGAUGUGUUGUUACCUACCCUUACCACCUGGGGGUGUUUAGUCCCAGGGUCCUUAGCUUAGUGAUGAGCUUUGAGGGCACUAUGGUGUUGAACACUGAGCUAUAGUCAAUUAAUAGCAUUCUCACGUAGGUGUUCCUCUUGUUCAGGUGGGAAAGGGUAGUGUGGAGUGCAAUAGAGAUUGCAUCAUCUGUGGAUCUGUUGGGGCGGUAUGCAAAUUGGAGUGGGUCUAGCGUUUCUGGGAUAAUGGUGUUGAUGUGAGCCAUGACCAGCCUUUCAAAGCACUUCAUGGCUACAGAUGUGAGUGCUACGGGUCUGUAGUCAUUUAGGCAGGUUAUCUUAGUGUUUUUGGACACAGGAACUAUGGUGGUCUGCUUCAAACAUGUUGGUAUUACAGACUCAGACAAAAUGUCAGUGAAGACACUUUCCAGUGGUCAGCGUAUGCCGGAGUACACGUGAAUCGUCGGACCCGCGGUCUUGGAAGUGGACCGCAUAAAAGUCUCUACUACAUUUUCAUUUUUUUUCUUUAGCGACCUCUUAUCCGAGGCCGGGGGGAAUUGGGGGCCAAAUCAAGGUUCAAAAGGGAGGGAAAAACGGGGUAAACAGUCUUAAGGGGGGGGUCCAAAAAUUUGGGGGGAAGGGUGGGAAAAGGGGGAGGGUUUUAAGGAGGCGAAUUUCGGGCGUUCAUCGUUGGGGGGGGUGAUAGGUAAGGGGGGAAAAAAAACAAAAAGGUGGAGUGGGGGGGAAUGAGUCUUGGGGACAGGGGUCGGAGAGAUAAACAGCCCCCUUUGGGGGGGGGAAGGUUUGGAGGGUGAUAAAAAGGGGGUGGGAAAAAAAAGGGGCCAGAAGGUGAGAAAUGGGGCAUAGGGGGUGGGUUAAAACUUUGGGGGGGGGGGUCAGGGGAAUAAUUUCAAGGGUGUCUCUGUUCCAGGGAAGGAGGGGCGAAAAGAGAAAGGAAUUUUCUUUGGGAUUGUUUGGGGCGGGGGGUGCAAAAGGGAGGGGUUAGGUCCCCGGGGGAAAAAAAGGGUUUGGGAAAACCCCCCUUCAAGCCUUAUGCAAAACCGGGGGGGGGAGGCAGGGUCGGGGGCUUUGGGGGGUUAUCUGUUCCCGGGAAAGGGGGAAUAUGGGGUUCUGGUAAACAUUUUUUGGAAAGAAACCCGCAAAUGCCUGAACGGGAAUCAUUUUGGGGGUUCAGGGAACCGGUAGACACCCUUUGGGGGGUUCGUUGGGGCCCGGGAAAGGGGAGCAAUAAAAAGUUUACAUGGACGGAGGGUGAACAUAGUAUCUGGAAAGGGGGGCCCCAAAGCUGUUUUUUUCAGUAUCUCCUCCUCCCCUCUUCCUCCCCAAUAAAGGGGAAACUUAAAGUGAUUUUUGAUUUUUUUUAAAAAGGAAAAACCUAAGGGGGGCCCCGGGGCCUGGGAAAAAAUUUUGGGCCAAAAAAUAAUUUCCCUUUCCCCCUUCUUCCCCCCUUUCCUCCUUUUCCCUGCCCCCCCCUCCCUUCCGAUCUCCUCCCCCCCCAGUGCGGGCGUGGGUCGGACGGGCUGCUUCAUCGUGAUCGAUGCCAUGCUGGAGCGCAUCAAGCACGAAAAGACAGUGGACAUCUACGGCCACGUGACCCUGAUGCGAUCGCAGCGUAACUACAUGGUGCAGACGGAGGAUCAGUACAGCUUUAACCACGACUCGCUGCUGGAGGCGGUGGCGUGCGGCGACACGGAGGUGGCGGCCAGGAGCCUGUUCUCCUACAUCCAGAAGCUGGCCCAGGUGGAGACGGGCGAGCACGUCACCGGCAUGGAGCUGGAGUUUAAGGUAGGGAAUGGGGAUGUAGGUAGGGUACAGGGAAACUGAGGUAGGUAAGACCGGAAAGGCACAAAAUGGAGGAUGUUUGUUUGGUAGAGUGGAGCAGAGCUGGAGUUUAAGGUUGGCCAUAGACAUACACUGUAGGUACGUAGGCCGCAGUGAACCUGAGAUAAGGGAGGGUGGGGAAAGGCACAAAAUGUUCAUGAUAGAAGGGAGCUUGAAAUAAAUGUAUAGGCCCACCAAUACAAAACCAUAAAUCAUGUUGAGACACAAAAUGGAGGUUUUAUCUCCAGUUGCUCUCAAUGCUCUGUCACAUUCAUGAUAUCUUGUGCCAGAGGUAACACUACCAUUUAAAUUGAAAUGGCCUUGAUAAUAUAUAUUGACAUAUUUAUUUUAUACCUGUACAUUAAAAUGGGCAUAUCGAUACCCCAUCCCAAUUAAUGGAGUUAAAAAUGUUAAUAGACAGCUUAUUAAACCACGUUCAAGUGAGCUUUCACUUCAAUCAUUCACUCCCUGUUUAAUCACACCACUCAAUACCAUUGUUUAUUAAAAAGCUAGAAAUUGAAUAGUUAAGCUGUCUGCCUUUGUCUUUGCUGCGAAUUUUUUAUUUUUUUAUUUUAUUUAACCUUUAUUUAACCAGGUAAGCCAGUUGAGAACAAGUUCUCAUUUACAACUGCGACCUGGCCAAGAUAAAGCAAAGCAGUGCGAUAAAAACAACAACACAGAGUUACAUAUGGAAUAAACAAAACGUACAGUCAAUAACACAAUAGAAAAUCUAUAUACAGUGUGUGCAAAUGUAGUAAGUUAUGGAGGUAAGGCAAUAAAUUGGCCAUAGUGCAAAUUAAUUACAAUUAUAAUUUAGUAUUAACACUGGAGUGAUAGAUGUGCAGAAGAUGAUGUGCAAAUAGAGAUACUGGGGUGCAAAUGAGCAAAAUAAAUAACAAUGUAAAUUAUUACAGAUGGGCUGUGUACAGGUGCAGUGAUCGGUAAGCUGCUCUGACAACUGAUGCUUAAAGAUAGUGAGGGAGAUAAUUGUCUCUAGCUUCAGAGAUUUUAGCUUCAGAGAUUUUUGCAGUUCGUUCCAGUCAUUUGCAGCAGAGAACUGGAAGGAAUGGUGACCAAAGGAGGUGUUGGCUUUGGGGAUGAGUGGGUGUUGCUUGCUAUGGUGACCAAUGAGCUAAGAUAAGGCGGAGAUUUGCCUAGCAGUGAUUUAUAGAUGGCCUGGAGCCAGUGGGUUUGGUGACGAAUAUGUAGUGAGGGCCAGCCAACAAGAGCGUACAGGUCACAAUGGUGGGUAGUAUAUGGGGCUUUGGUGACUAAACGGAUGGCACUGUGAUAGACUACAUCCAAUUUGCUGAGUAGAGUGUUGGAGGCUAUUUUGUAAAUUACAUCGCCGAAGUCAAGGAUCGGUAGGAUAGUCCGUUUUACGAGGGCAUGUUUAGCAGCAUGAGUGAAGGAGACUUUGUUGCGAAAUAGGAAGACGAUUCUAGAUUUUACUUUGGAUUGGAGAUGCUUAAUGUGAGUCUGGAAGGAGAGUUUACAGUCUAACCAGACACCUAGGUAUUUAUAGUUGUCCACAUAUUCUAAGUCAGAGCCGCCGAGAGUAGUGAUUCUAGUCGGGUGGGCGGGUGCCAGCAGCGUUCGAUUGAAGAGCAUGCAUUUAGUUUUACUAGUGUUUAAGAGCAGUUGGAGGCCACGGAAGGAGUGCAUUUCAGAAGGAUUUAAAAUAAUAGAUAGAACAGCUUUGUGAUCAGUGCAUAAGACUCCAAAUGAAGGAUUAUUCUGUAAAAGCAUAAAAUGAUUAAGUUCAAAUUUAACAAAUACCGCUUGUAUGAAAACCCAUUACCAAAACCUGGAAGGGCAUGGAAUCUGGGCGAGCACUUAGCGAGAGACCAACGAUCCAAUCCGAUUAAAACUUUAAUGUCCCCCCCCGUACAACAACACACUUGACCUUGAGUUACACAUGGACACGCCCCCUAUCUCGGGUCUAUCUCGCCUCCCGAAAUCAUUUGUAAUACGCCGACACCAUUUAUCAUCUCACCACACUAUUAGUGACGGUUUUCAUCUAAGUGACGGUUAGAUCUUUUAAUCUAUCAUUUGUUACAGUAAACCGCCAUACAGUCUGAAAAUAGCUACACCGUUUUUUGGAAUAGCAAUAAUGGUACGGAGUGGUAUAAAGUCAUGUCGGAGUAGUAGCGGCUGCGGCGUCUGUCAUAGCGUGAGACCGUUAGUUAUCUACUGUAAUUAAUAGUCGAUGAUGACGAAUGGCAAGUUAGAAUGCGAGGCCAAUCAGGACGGUACUCACUAAUGAACAGAACAGAAAGACGUUACUGCGUCUUAGAAAGGAGUUGCGCAGUCAGUCACACAGUGCAUUCGGAAAGUAUAGUUUAGUUACGUUAAAGGCUUAUUCUAAAAUGGAUUGUAAAAAAUCCUCAUCAUACACCAUAAUGACAUCCCCACAGCAUGAUGCUGCCACCACCCAUGCUUCACUGUAGGGAUGGUGCCAGGUUUCCUCCAGAUGUGAAUCUUGGCAUUCAGGCAAAGAGUUCAAUCUUGGUUUCAUCAGACCCAGAGAAUCUUGUUUCUUAUGGUCAGAGUCCUUUAGGUGCCUUUUGGCAAACUCCAAGCGGGCUGUCAUGUGCCUUUUACUGAGGAGUGGCUUCCGUCUGGCCACUCUACCAUAAAGGCCUGAUUGGUGGAGUGCUGCAGAGAUGGUUGUCCUUCUGGAAGGUUCUCCCAUCUCCACAGAGGAACUCUGGAGCUCUGUCAGAGUGACCAUCUCAGUGUGACCAUCGGGUUCUUAGUCACCUCCCUGACCAAGGCCCUUCUCCCCCGAUUGCUCAGUUUGGCCAGGCGGCCAGCUCUAGGAAGAGUCUUGGUGGUUCCAAACUUCUUCCAUUUAAGAAAGAUAAAGGCCACUGUGUUCUGGGGACCUUCAAUGCUUCAGAAAUAUUUUGGCACCCUUCCCCAGAUCUGUGCCUCGACAAAAUCCUGUCUCGGAGCUCUACGGACAAUUCCUUCGACCUCAUGGUUUGGUUUUUGCUCUGACAUGCACUGUGAACUGUGGGACCUUAUAUAGACAGGUGUGUGCCUUUCCAAAUCAUGUCCAAUCAAUUGAACUUGCCACAGGUGGAAUCCAAUCAAGUUGUAGAAACCUCUCAAGGAUGAUCAAUGGGAACAGGAUGCACCUGAGCUCAAUUUCAAGUCCCAUAGACAUUUACAUUUUACAUUUUAGUCAUUUAGCAGACGCUCUUAUCCAGAGCGACUUACAGGAGCAAUUAGGGUUAAGUGCCUUGCUCAGGGCACAUUUACGUCUUUAUGCAGACGCUCUAGUCCAGAGCGACUCACAAAUUGAUGCAUUCACCCUAUAGCCCGUGGGAUAACCACUUUAACAAUUUUUUUUUUGGGGGGGGGGGGUAGAAGGAUUACUUUAUCCUAUCCCAGGUAUUCCUUAAAGAGGUGGGGUUUCAAAUGUCUCCGGAAGGUGGUGAGUGACUCCGCUGUCCUGGCGUCGUGAGGGAGCUUGUUCCACCAUUGGGGUGCCAGAGCAGCGAACAGUUUUGACUGGGCUGAGCGGGAGCUAUGCUUCCGCAGAGGAAGGGGAGCCAGCAGGCCAGAGGUGGAUGAACGCAAUGCCCUCGUUUGGAUGUAGGGACUGAUCAGAGCCCGAAGGUACAGAGGUGCCGUUCCCCUCGCUGCUCCAAAGGCAAGCACCAUGGUCUUGUAACGGAUGCGAGCUUCAAACUGGAAGCCAGUGGAGUGUGUGGAGGAGGGGGGUGACGUGAGAGAACUUGGGAAGGUUGAACACCAGACGGGCUGCGGCAUUCUGGAUGAGUUGUAGGGGUUUAAUGGCACAUGCAGGGAGGCCAGCCAACAGCGAAUUGCAGUAAUCCAGACGGGAGAUGACAAGUGCCUGGAUUAGGACCUGUGCCGCUUCCUGUGUAAGGCAGGGUCGUACUCUCCGAAUGUUGUAGAGCAUGAACCUGAAGGAGCGGGUCACCGCCUUGAUGUUAGCGGAGAACGACAGGGUGUUGUCCAGGGUCACGCCAAGGCUCUUCGCACUCUGGGAGGAGGACACAACGGAGUUGUCAACCGUGAUGGCGAGAUCAUGGAACGGGCAGUCCUUCCCCGGGAGGAAGAGCAGCUCCGUCUUGCCAGGGUUCAGCUUGAGGUGGUGAUCCGUCAUCCAUACUGAUGUGUCUGCCAGACAUGCAGAGAUGCGAUUCGCCACCUGGUUAUCAGAAGGGGGAAAGGAGAAGAUUAGUUGUGUAUCGUCAGCGUAGCAAUGAUAGGAGAGGCCGUGUGAGGAUAUGACAGAGCCAAGUGACUUGGUGUAUAGGGAGAAAAGGAGAGGGCCUAGAACUGAGCCCUGGGGGACACCAGUGGUGAGAGCACGUGGUGCGGAGACAGCUUCUCGCCACGCCACUUGGUAGGAGCGACCGGUCAGGUAGGACACAAUCCAGGAGUGAGCCGCGCCGGAGAUGCCCAGCUCGGAGAGGGUGGAGAGGAGGAUCUGAUGGUUCACAGUAUCAAAGGCAGCAGACAGGUCUAGAAGGACAAGAGCAGAGGAGAGAGAGUUAGCUUUAGCAGUGCGGAGAGUCUCCGUGACACAGAGAAGAGCAGUCUCAGUUGAAUGACCAGUCCUGAAACCUGAUUGGUUUGGAUCGAGAAGGUCAUUCUGAGAGAGAUAGCAAGAGAGUUGGCUAAAGACGGCACGCUCAAUAGUUUUGGAAAGAAAAGAAAGAAGGGAUACUGGUCUGUAGUUGUUGAACAUCAGUGGGGUCGAGUGUUGGUUUUUUGAGAAGGGGAGCAACUCUCGCUCUCUUGAAGACGGAAGGGACAUGGCCAGCGGUCAAGGAUGAGUUGAUCAGCGAGGUGAGGUAGGGGAGAAGGUCACCGGAGAUGGUCUGGAGAAGGGAGGAGGGGAUGGGGUCAAGCGGGCAGGUUGUUGGGGCGGCCUGCAGUCACAAGUCGCAGGAUUUUAUCUGGAGAGAGAGGGGGAGAAAGAAGUCAAAGCAUAGGGUUAGGGCAGUGUGAGCAGGACCAGCAGUGUCAUUAGACUUAACAAACGAGGAUCGGAUGUCGUCAACCUUCUUUUCAAAGUGGUUGACGAAGUUAUCCCAGAGAGAGAGGAGGGGGGGGGGGGGGGGGUUGGGGGGGGGGGGGGGGGGGGGGGGGUUGGGGUGGGGGGGUUUUUUUUCCCUUUUUUUUUUUUUUUUUUUUUUGGUUUUUUUUUCCGGGGGUUGGGUUUUUUUUUUUUCCCUUUUUUGGGGGUUUUGGGGGGGGGGGGUUUUUUUUUUUUUUUUUUUUUUUUUUCCGUGUUGUGUAUUUUUUUUUCAAAGUUUGAAGUUAUUCCGGAAAAGGGGGGGAUUUUCUUUCCCUUCGUAUUAAAUGUUCCCAGAGCUACCUAGGGUUAGAGGCAGAUGCUUGGAAUUUAGGUUGUAGAAGGGGGCCCUUUACAGCAAAAACCCAGAUAAGAAAUAAGAGAGGGGAGUGAAAAGAUGCCAGGUCGGCAGGGAGUUAGUUUUCUUCCAUUUCCGCUCCGCUGCCCGGAGCUCUGUUCUGUGAGCUCGCAAUGAGUCUCAAGCCACGGAGCUGGGGGGGGAGGACCGAGCCGGCCGGGAGGAUAGGGGACACAGAGAGUCAAAGGAUGCAGAAAGGGAGGAGAGGAGGGUUGAGGAGGCAGAAUCAGGAGAUUGGAGGGAGAAGGAUUGAGCAGAGGGAAGAGAUGAUAGGAUGGAAGAGGAGAGAGUAGUGGGAGAGAGAGAGCGAAGGUUGCGGCGGCGCAUUACCAUCUGUGUAGGGGCAGAGUGAGUAGUGUGGGAGGAGAGCGAGAGAGAAAAGGAAACAAAGUAGUGGUCGGAGACAUGGAGGGGAGUUGCAGUGAGAUUAGUAGAGGAGCAGCAUCUAGUGAAGAUGAGGUCAAGCGUAUUGCCUGCCUUGUGAGUAGGGGGGGGACGGUGAGAGGGUGAGGUCAAAAGAGGAGAGGAGUGGAAAGAAGGAGGCAGAGAGAAAUGAGUCAAAUGUGGACAUAGGGAGGUUGAAAUCCCCCAUAGCAAGUGGUCUGAAUACUUAUGUAAAUAAGGUAUUUCUGUUUUUUAUUUGUAAUACAUUUGCAAAAAAUUCUAAAAACCUGUUUUCGCUUUGUCAUUAUGGGGUAUCGUGUGUAGAUUGAUGAGGAAAAAUAUUAAUUGAAUCAAUUUUAGAGUAAGGCUGUAAUGUAACAAAAUGUGGAAAAAGUCAAGGGGCCUGAAUACUUUCCGAAUGCCCUGUAGGCUGGAGAGCAGUCGUCCAUAGUGAUCUGUAUCUCGUUGUUUACAAACUACUGCCCGUCCACACACCAGACCUAGGUUCAAGUAGUAUUUGUUACUUGUUUUCUUCCAAAUUCGCUUCGAUGCUCGACUAAGCUUGCCUGGCCCAAUGGAACCAAUAGAAUAGUCCUAAAAGUGCAAAUCCCACCCAUCGUGCUCAGCAUCAUGUCCACUUGGCCAGCUGUAGGCGUAAUCACCAGUACAGUAUCAUCCUGAAUGCCUUGUGGAAAGGGCCACGACAGUGGAGAAAACAUGGCAACUAAGGUUGUUUCAAUGACUAGAGGUUUCCUAGGUGCAUCUCUGCCCUUAGAAGGGAAAAAGGAGGAUCGGUUGCCAGAUUGGGUCGUUUCCAAUCCAAACUAUCCAACCGGUGUUUGGUGUAGUAGCAGCUCUGGGCGUCUUUAGCCUUGCCAGCCCGUCUCAUGCCCUUCCAAGUGCCUCUGUGAAACAGGGAUCAAAGGGAGGACAGGAGAGGAGGGGAGAGACAGGAGAGAGGGAGGAGAGGAGAGGAGAGGAGGGAGAGGGAAGAGAGGAGAGGAGGGAGACAGGAGAGAUGGAAGAGAGGAGAGGAGGGAGUGUGUGUGUGUGUGUGUGUGUGUGUGUGUGUGUGUGUGUGUGUGUGUGUGUAUGUGAGUGAAUAUAUAGUCAGACAGACUGUCCCAAAAACUGCCAUGGUGGUCCCUCUGAUGGUCACUUGUCAGUACAGGCCCCAAUUUGGAUCAUGACACUGUGUGUGCGUGCGUGCGUGCGUGCGGGUGCAUGUGCGUGCGUGUGCGUGCGGACAUGCUAGAAUGUAUUCUGUGUCAUUAUCAAAGACUCCAGUGACCCACUUUUCCUUUUUGUAGAGAGAGAGUGUUCUGGUUUACUGUUUAAUAGAAAUCCCACUUUAGAGUUUCAGUUUGAUGGUAGCUUGUUAAUGUCGUGCCUUAAAUCAUAGUAACUUACCUCAUAGCAGCUCACACAAGACUCACUGCAAAGUGCAGGGAAAUUAAAAGAAAAGGGUGAGUAGAACAAAGGCUUUGAUUUCUCCAUACUGCCAUUUAUAAUGAAUGCAUUCAUCAAAUAGAUAUGUCUGCAUUUUGAAGGUGCUUUAGCGAUCGGCUCAGUUCUUUAUUACUCUGCAGUCCUUAAUCUCUCUCUCCUUCUAUCCAUCUCUCCUUCUCCCUCCUUCUAUCCAUCUCUCCUUCUCUCUCUUUCUAUCCUUCUCACUCUCAUCCCCUCUCCCUGCCUCUCCAUAUCCCACUCUCACUCCAAUCCCCUCCAUCCCUCCCUCCCUCUCUCCCCCACCCCUCUCCCUACCUCUCCAUAUCCCACUCUCACUCCAAUCCCCUCCAUCCAUCCCUCUCUCCCCCACCCCUCUCCCUGCCUCUCCAUAUCCCACACCCACUCCAAUCCCCUCCAUCCAUCCCUCUCUCCCCCACCCCUCUCCCUGCCUCUCCAUAUCCCACACCCACUCCAAUCCCCUCCAUCCAUCCCUCUCUCCCCCACCCUCUCCCCGCCUCUCCAUAUCCCACUCUCACUCUAUUCCCCUCCAUCCAUCCCUCUCUCCCCCACCUUCUCCAUACCUCUCCAUAUCCCACUCUCACUCCAAUCCCCUCCAUCCAUCCCUCUCUCCCCCACCCCUCUCCCUGCCUCUCCAUAUCCCACUCUCACUCCAAUCCCCUCCCUCCCUCUCUCCUCCCCCACCCUUCUCCCUACCUCUCCAUAUCCCACUCUCACUCUAUCCCCUCCAUCCCUCUCUCCCCCACCCUUCUCCCUACCUCUCCAUAUACCACUCUCCCCCUUUUCACCCCCCUUCCCAUCUCCUCCCUCUCCACCCAUCUCUCCCUCCAUCCACCCACCCCUCUCUCUACAGCGCCUAGCCAACUCCAAGGCCCAUACGUCCAGGUUUAUCAGUGCCAACCUGCCCUGCAACAAGUUCAAGAACCGCCUGGUGAACAUCAUGCCCUACGAGACCACCCGUGUCUGCCUGCAGCCAAUUAGGGGCCUCGAGGGCUCCGACUACGUCAACGCCAGCUUCAUCGAUGGAUAC